AUGUUACAUUACGGAAUAAAUGUUGUGAAAGUGUUCAGCUGGAACCUGGGUGAGAUUCAUAAACAAAUUCACAGUCAACUCAUCAAGGCGAGUUAAAAGGAUGCAAGUUGCCAGGUUGAAACCUGUUGAGGACACUCUAGGCAGGCUGGCGGUACAGCCUGUUACUACUUACUCAAUUAAAUCCCAUGAUGCAAGGAAAGCCAACCAAUAAUUGCAUUGCUGAACAUCCCAGAGACAAAAUAACCACAACUUCAAGAAGAGCAACGCAAAUGGUUUUUGUACUUUAGCCUUUUGUUCACUGAUGUUUUGAAUGUACCUGGAAAGGUUUCACAAUAUUAAGAUACAAUUUGAUCGCUAUACAGUGGUACCUCGGGUUAAGUACUUAAUUCGUUCCGGAGGUCCGUACUUAACCUGAAACUGUUCUUAACCUGAAGCACCACUUCAGCUAAUGGGGCCUCUUGCUGCUGCCACGCUGCCGGAGCACAAUUUCUGUUCUCAUCCUCAAGCAAAGUUCUUAACCUGAAGCACUAUUUCUGGGUUAGCGGAGUCUGUAACCUGAACCGUAUGUAACCUGAAGCGUAUGUAACCCGAGGUACCACUGUAUUUUAUUAUAGUCUCUUAUGUAAAUAUAAUGACUGCUUCCCACAUCAAAUGGGGGGCGCCUUUGCGUGGUCGUGCGCAGCCCCCGGAUCCCAGUGCGGCUCCUGGUAUUACGGGCUGGCUCCGCCCUCCCCAGGCUGGAUACCUGGAGGUCUCUGCCUACCUGGGGAGGCAUUGCCAGGGGAUUGGCCAGGUAAGGGGAGGGACCAUCCCUCCCACACAACAGAAGGUGAAUCUUACCUGCAAAGCGGCAGUCGGCUCCAGAGCUUCUCUCACCCUCCCCUCCCUCAGUUAAGUCUUCCUUUUGCAGGUUAACCUCUUCUCCACGGGUAUGUAGGCGCUGCUACGUCAGGGUCACUGUUGAAGGGCCGGAAAGGAAUUUCCCUGCACUGGCAGGUUUUGCCUUCCCCGUAGCAAAGUGUCACAACUUUGGCGGUUUCAGGCCUUGGGCAGAAUCCUUUAGUCUAUCUUCCCUAAAUGGGGGGGGGGGCGUGAAGCGGUAACCCACAUCCCCCUUGCGGCGGUGAUCUCAGGGUUCCCCGUUAAAGGGGUCUUGAGGAGAGGCAUUGGCCAUACGCCGAGAGGUCAUUGCUCUCCCCUGCGGCGGCGGUGAAACGGGGGGGGGGGGGGGCUCUCUGCUUGAACAUAUGUUCUCCAGAGCCAGCCCAAUCCCCACACAUUCUGGAUAACCCUGAAGUCUCCCAGAUCCCCGGCUGGGGACUGGGAAGGAUAACUGCCCAGUGCCUGAGCCAAGGUUUCCCUAGAUCCGAAACUUAAUAAAAUUGUGGCCAAUUUUAAUCCCACAGCACGUUGUCUUGAGUCAUUAUUCCACUCAGGAGUCGCCUGGGGUUGGGGGGACUCUGCCUGUCCACGCAAAUGUAUGAAUCCAUUGUGAAGCAAUUUUUAGUUCUCCACAUAUCUGCAUCAGUUUACUUUGGGGGGGAAAUUAUCAUGAAAAUUCACCAGCGGCCAAACAUUACCCUAAAACCACUUCUGUCAGAGGAGAGUCCCCGUGCUUGUAAUGUGCAUUUAGUAAAGGGGUUAUGGAUCUUAUGUAUUUAUGAAGGCAUAACCGCAUAAAAGCUUUGUGUCCAUAACAGGGUUUUAGCUAACAUUUUUGCAUCCAAAUUUAUCUGCUGCUUGUUUGCUUUAGCUACUAUGAAAUAAAGAUGGCUAAACUGAAAAACCUUGCAAUAAAGAGAAUUAUACAGGCAUCCCCAUCUACCUCCUUCAGGCUGCUUGUAUUAAUAUUUCUGUGGCCAAUUGUUAUAGGAAAUACUUGAUCUGAGCAUUAAUCACCAUAAGGAAAAGUCUAGUCUUGCUAAGUGUGUUACAGAUGUUCUUUUAAUACACAAACAAUGUUGGUUUCAUCCAUCUAUUAUUUUAGAAUAAAGUUAAUCAUCUUGUAAAAUUCCAUCCUCGAAGCACAUAAAAAUAAAAUUAUAUUUCUACCAUGAGUUUGUACAGCGUUAUAUUCGGGAUGCGGUUGUAGUAAACGGAUUAUUCAUUUGUCCUUGGCAAAGCCUGCAAGCAAGCCCUUUGGCAGAAUGUUAGAAGACGUAAUAAAAAAAUCUGGUGUUUGUCUUUUACCCACAAAGGUCAGCCUUUCAAUUUCCUUUGGUGGCCAGAGUUCAUCCUCCUCCUUCUCAAAACACCAGGAUCGGGGUUUGUUUGCUCUAAGGGAUCAAGAGAUGCAGGAGAUUUUAAGCGAGAAUUGGAGUUGUGGUGAGAGCAGUACAUAGGACAUACUAUUUUUUUUAUUGCAUUGUAAACCACUUUGAUAUUUUUAUGACACUGCAAUGAAAAAUAAUAAUAAUUUUAUAAGAAUAUAAAUAAAAUAGAGACACAGCACAAGGCACCACCCUGUGUUCUUGAGUGAGACCAUUGGCCCAUCUACCACAGCAAUAUUGGCACUGGCUGGCAGCAGCUCUCCAGGGUUUCAUAGAAUCAUAAAAUCAUAGAAUUGUACAGCUGGAAGGGACCGCGAGUGCCUGGAGGCGGUUGGAGGAUGGCUGGCAGCUAACAGAUUGAGGUUGAAUCCUGACAAGACAGAAGUACUGUUUUGGGGGACAGGGGGCAGGCGGGUGUGGGGGACUCCCUGGUCCUGAAUGGGGAAACUGUGCCCCCUGAAGGAUCAGGUGCGCAGCCUGGGAGUCAAUUUGGACUCAUAGCUGUCCAUGGGGGCGCAGGUUAAUUCUGUGUCCAGGGCGGCUGUCUACCAGCUCCAUCUGGUAUGCAGGCUGAGACCCUACCUGCCUGUGGACUGUCUUGCCAGAGUGGUGCAUGCUCUAGUUAUCGCCCGCUUGGACUACUGCAAUGUGUGGGGCUACCUUUGAAGGUAACCCAGAAACUGCAAUUAAUCCAGAAUGCAGCAGCUAGACUGGUGACUGGGAGUGACUGCCGGGACCACAUAACACCGGUCCUGAGAGAUCUGCAUUGGCUUCCAGUACGUUUCCGAGCACAAUUCAAAGUGUUGGUGCUGACCUUGAAAGCCCUAAACAGCCUUGGCCCAGUAUACCUGAAGAAGCGUCUCCACCCCCAUCGUUCAGCCUGGACACUGAGAUCCAUCUCCAAGGGCCUUCUGGCAGUUCCCUCAUUGCAAGAAGUAAGGUUACAGGGAACCAGACAGCGGGCCUUCUCGGUAGUGGCGCCCGCCCUGUGGAAUGCCCUCCCUUCAGAUGUGAAGGAAAUAAGCAGCUAUCUUCUCUUUAAAAGACAUCUGAAGGCAGCCCUGUUUAGGGAAGUUUUUAAUAUUUAAUGCUGUAUUGUUUUUAACACUUGAUUGGAAGCCGCCCAGAGUGGCUGGGGAAACUCAGCCAGAUGGGCGGGGUAUAAAUAAUAAAUUAUUAUUAUUAUAUCUAGUCCAACCCCCUGCAUAGCAGGAAUCAGAAGAUGCCAGGGAUUGAACCUGGGACCUUCUGCACUGACUGCAUGUGCUCUGCCCACUUUGCCCAGAUUGAACUUCCCGGUCGUGACAAGGAGACUUGGAAAUACAAGUCCUGUGGGCAGCCUUCCAGCAUGCUCCUGGUGUGCGUUGCUCUGAGAGUCUCCAUGCCGUCAGUGCCAAGUGGAAUGUGCCUUUGGGGUCACAUGGCCCCUAUUUAUAGACCACACAGAUGCCCUCCCUUCCUCAGCAAGCAAGGUCACUAAACAGGCAGUCCCCCGGGGCUGCCCUUUUGUGUGCCAUGGGGGACAAGCACAGAGCCAGCUCCUAAGGACACCAAUAAUUUCAGGUUAGUCUCUUGCUAGCUUUUCUUCAGCCUGUGUGCCACGCACCUUAGCUGUCCCUCUAACAGUCCCGAAACCCCUUGGCUUAAGUGUACAGAGGAAUUUUCUCCCUUGGCUCAUUCCCGCUGCCCUUGCGGUCAGGAGGCUGGCAGGCCACAGCAGAGGGGGAAGAUGAAGGCCAAAGUCAUCUCUCAUUCAGAGUACACAGCACAACAUCCCUUCCCCACUUUGGAGGAAAGCUAAAGCAGCCUUAAACUAAAUCUCUUACCUAGGGGAAAUUGAAAAGGAGAAAACCUUCUUGCCAUUACAGGUGAAACCAGGGCUUAAUUUGACUUGGGGACCUGAUUGUAAUGCCAGGAAAAGGCUCACCUCUGAAAUAUGCAGGUAUUUGCAAUGAAGCGCGUUGCAGAAAGACAAUCUCCCAGUCCCAGUAGGUUUGUGUGUGGUGCAUUCAGUAUCUUGGAAAUUUCAUCUUUCUUUCUUAUGGAAAAAGCAAGUUCCUACCCCUUAUUGCUGUGAACUUUAAUGGGCAAUGCUCUUGAAGUUUCAAAACCCAGCUGAAUGGGAUUUCUAGUGAGAGGUGAGCCUAGUUUUUUGGUGUUCCUCAUAAUUAACAGAAACAAUCUGAGCCUGCAAUCUUAUACUCCUUACCUGGGAGUAAUUCCCGUUGAAUUCCCUAGGGUUACAUGUAUGGUAGUAAUUUAAUAGGAAUUAGGAAAUUUAUUUGCAGCUAUUUUAGAAUUCAACCUUUCCCGAUGCAGAAUUUCAGGCACUUUGGCCACAUUAUUUUAACUUCUCAGGUGCUUAAAAGGUCCAUGCCCACAUUCCCUCUCUGUAUAUAAGGUGUGGACAGUUGUAUGAUUAUCACAUACAACUUGCUUGUAAGCCUGGAUUUUUUGUUUUAUAACUUGCCAAACUAGGCAAUACAUACUAUUUGUAUCUGUGCCUAUAGCUGCCGUUUUUUAAAAAAACAAAACAGAAACUGGCAAGUUGCCUGUGUGAGUGAGAUAUAGUUUGGAACCCUGUCUCCACUAUGGUCCUGAUCUGGGUAUCACUUUCCUCCCUCCCCUCGUGGAGCUACAAUUCCCAGAGUGGUUUAACAAUCAAUCCCUCUUCAUAGGGAGGGACAUGGGUGGCGCUGUGGUCUAAACCACUGAGCCUGUUGGGCUUGCUGAUCGAAGGUUGCCAGUUUGAAUCCCCACAAUGGAAUGAGUUCCUGUUGCUCUGUCCCAGCUCCUGCCAACCUAGCAGUUUGAAGAAGAGUUUCGAUUUGAUAUCCCGCUUUAUCACUACCUGAAGGAGUCUCAAAGCGGCUAACAUUCUCCUUUCCCUUCCUCCCCCACAACAAACACUCUGUGAGGUGAGUGGGGCUGAGAGACUGGCCCAAGGUCACCCAGCGGCUUCAUGUGGAGGAGCAGGGAAUCGAACCCGGUUCACCAGAUUACGAGUCCACUGCUCUUAACCACUAUACCACACUGGCUCUUGAAAGCACACCAGCACAAGUAGAUAAAUAGGUACCACUGCAGUGAGAAGGUAAAGGGUUUUUCCAUGCGCUCUGGUUUCCGUCACGGUGUUCCUUUGCGCCAGAAGCGGUUUUAACCCCAUAGUCCCUUUUGACUGAACUUACCUUUACCUUUACCUUCACAGGGAACUCUGAAAAUUGUAGCUCUGUGAGGGGUGUAGGGUGGGGGUGUCUCCUAACAACUUUCAGCACCCUUAACAAACUACAACUCCCAUAAUUCUUUAGGGCAAGCCAUGACUGUUUAAAGUGGCUUAUCAGCACCUUAAAUGCAUGCUGUGGAUGUGGCUUUUGUCAGUUAGUCUGAUGUCAUUGCUCCUGUUCUGAAAACUGUGCUUCCCCACAUUCCCCUUCUAUUACAUUACUAGAUGAGUUUCAGUCUGGUCCUUUGACUCCUGAGCACAAUUCCUGGCUUUUGUCUCCUUCUGUAGCUUCCUAUGAGUCAGCUGUGACACAAACAUGAGUUUAAAAACCCUUUGCACAAUGUGCAGGGUCUCGCAGAAAACACUAUGAGAAAAUGUUUCUGGUGUGCUUCCGCCCGCCCAAAAAAAAGCUCUCAGAGAUUGCUAAAUUCUGUACUCAAAGCCAACCCAACCCCUAAUCUCCAGACAUUUAGCCAGAAGAGCAUCUUGCCACACAACCUGAAUGGGCCUUGUGGAACACGCAAUAAUUAAGUUCAUGCAUCUCGUGUCUAAAUCAAUUUGGAUCUAAGAUUAAGGACAGGAGCAAGGGAGCUUCAGAGUGGGCAUUUCAACAAUUUAUUUUCAUUUUGACCUGAAGCAAAACAAACUCCUCUAAAAUUUAUGUAAGGCUAGCAUGAUCUUCAGUUUGUCAGAUCUGGCUUCUUGCCCAGCUCAACUGUUCUUCAGCAAAGUUUGCUGACCUCUUUGAAUCACACGUUUCUGUUGUAAAGGCCUACACCUGGCGUGUGACUUCCCCCCUGACAGAUCCUGAGAAAUAAAAUGGAGGUUCUUCGCAGCAGCUGAAAAUGGCCUCUGUAGAAAUGCCAUUGUCCAGAGGAUGAACAUGUGUCUCUGUGUGUAAUCUGUUUCUGUGACAUUGGUACAGUUUAAGUUUCUAUUAAAAAUAAUUUCUCUUUGCGGGAACUCACGGGUUCUUUUCACUCAUGUAUCUGCUUGAGAAUUAAGACAUUUGUCCAAAGUACAGGCAAAGAGUGGAAAGAAUAAACCACAAAACUCUUGUUUGGUAUGAUUGGAUAAUUCCUUUUGUAUACUAGGGUUUUAUUCUGUAAGAGUUUCCACAUUUUGCUAGCCUAAAGAAAAUCCAAUAACUUUGCUGACCUUUAAAAUUUAAAUCAUGGCCGGUUUAACUGUAAUCCAUGUGCCCAAUUUGUUUGUAAUUAGGAAUAUCUCUCAAUUCAGGCUGCAUCUAUGGCCUGGAAGAGUCUAUGAAACUUGCUAGCUUGUAGUUUUGCAUUAAUUGCCCUUUUCAGGCAAAUUGCCGUAGGAGACUCCUGGGUAUCUUUCCCUAGCCUAGUAGACAGUUGAGGUAAGUUGAUUACAUGUCAGGUUCCUGGGCUUGCCAACAUGUCUGUAGCCUCUGCUUUUAGAAUAAAAAAAUCUGGUUUAGCAGCUGAUAAUUUCACAUACACAUAUUUCCAGAAUGACUUUCAAGCAUUUGCGACUUUGUGUUCUGCCUCACUGAGGGAUAGCAUGAACUAAGUGCAAGGUAAUUAAAAACUUGUAUACCUGCAGGGCAACUGGACCAACAUCAAGUGCAGAGUGCUUUGUUUCUGGAACUGCCAAGAUGGCAGGCUUGGUGCGAUGUGCUAGCAACUCUUCAUUGCCCUUCCUGCUGACAUUAAACACAAGGACGUUCCAGCCAUCAACUGGACAACGCUCUUUCAAAACUUUCCCUACUUUAUGGAGUGACCAGUCGGCAAAAGGUACAGUGUGUCCUUGAGUGGCCAAAAACACUUUUCUCAUACUGGUAAUAUGAAAACAAAAGCCUCUUUUUCUUCUUCCUCAUCUUUCUUCGAUGGCAUCUAUAACGAAAAAUAUUGCCAUAUUUCCAAAACUGAUAGUAUCACACAGUCCAUUGAAAGGGACCAUGAAAAGCAUCAGAAAAUUCUUCACUUGAGGGCCUAAUAUAACAUUUGACAUUCAGCAGUGGGUUUUAGCCCAGACACUGAGGUCCUCUUCCGUGUGUCUUCUGGCGGUUCUCUCACUGCGUGAAGUAAAGUUACAAGGAACCAGGCAGAGGGCCUUCUUGGCAGUGGCACCUUCCCUGUGGCACACCCUCCCAUCAGAUGUGAAACUUCAGGAAAGUUUUUAAUGCCUGACAUUUUAUUAUUUUUCAUAUUUUGCUGGAAGCAGCCCCAGAGUGCCUGGGGAACAUAGAAGGCACAAAAGUUGACAUAGGUAAAUGGCAUUUCUGUGCGCUCUGGCUUCCGUCGCACAGCAGUUCCUGUUUUAUCUACUUGCACCGGUGUGCUUUCAAACUGCUAGGUUGGCAGGAGCUGGGACAGAGCAAUGGGAGGUCACUCCGUUGCAGGGAUUCAAACAGCUGACCUUGUGAUCGGCAAGCCCAAGAGGUUCAGUGGUUUAGACCACAGCGCCACCCGUGUCCCAUACCCAUGACCCACUUCUGUCAUGAUGUUCCGUUGUGCCAGAAGCUGUUUAGACAUGACCCAGAAAGCUGACCGUGGACAAAUGCCAGCUCCCUUGGCCUGAAAAGCGAGAUGAGUGCCGCAACACCAUAGUCGCCUUUGACCGGACUUAGCUGUCUAGGGAUCCUUAACCUUUACCUAGUGCCCCAUUAGCCGUAAGGGGCUAGCCUACAGUGUCCUCAAGGAGUUUGAAACUGACACAGAUGAAGCAACCUCAGUCCAUUUGCCCAGCUGGGGUUUAAUCCAGCUUCAGCUUCCCCCCUCCAUGUUCUUCUUGUCUCCCUUAGGGAGGGGAACACGGCCUCUACAAAAUGCCAACCACAAGCAAUAUUUCCUAAGCAAAUAGGUCAAGCCUGUACUACCUUGUGAAAGGACUGCCUUUAACCCAAAGGAGAUGUCUGGAAAAUUCAGAAGGGGAUGAUGUAAUGGAUCCUUUGAGGAUUGGAUAAAGUAUGAGUUGCUAACCUUUGGGGGCUCAUUUCGAAUUCUGGAAACUUUUGUAGCACCAACACAAAAUGGCCGUCAUGGGGCCAUGGCUAGUUAUUAAAUGGCUGCUGUUUGCUAGUUACAAAGAACAAGCAACUUUCUCAAGAAACAAGGUGGAACUGGGGCCUAAAGCCCAGAACACAAAGCCACUGUGUUGUACCUCACAAACAAAACAUGCAUUAAAUAAUUGGUCUUCGGCAGGCAGGUCAGGACUGACUGCUGGGUUGCGGCCUGAUCUGUGGUGGGUCACAACACCAGCACUACUACUCCACAAAAAAAUAUGGUUUAAAAAGUGAGAAAUGGAUCCUCAAAUGCAUGCUGAAGGCAGGUCUUAAAAGUUCAAAAAGAGCUGCAUUACAUGCUGUGUUAUUAGAGAGGCAACUGGCAUUUCCCCCCUAUUAUUUAUUGGGGAAUGUAGGCUAGAACGUACAUCUCAGUCAUCAGGGUUUCAGUAACAUUACUCCGUGAUUCAGCCAAACUUUGUUCAAAGACGCAUGACAUUUAACAGUUCUCCAGUGUAAUCUGAGUUGGGUUUCUUUGCAACAUAAUCAUCAGGUUAGUUUCUGAACUCCACAUUCUUCAAAUAGCUUCCUAAGUUGUGUUAUUGGUCGUGGUUACUUGCUUGGUAGUCAUAAUUAAAAAAAGAAAACAGAUGAAAACAGUUCUGCAAUGGCAGAUAAGGCAUUUGGUUUCUGACAGGGAGGAUAUUGAUUAAUGGCUAAGAAUGGAACUCUCAUCCUUUAGAAAUGAGGGGGGAAAGUCUUCAUGGAGUUCAAUGGUCAAUAGUGAUUAAUAGAUUAUGACAGCUGCACUAUUUAUAAGACUAACCUGCUUUCUGAGUGCCGAUAUUAAAUUUAAGCGCUUUUUUAUUACCAGUAUGUAUCCCUCAUUCCGUAUCCUGGGAGGACUCUCCAGAUGUUGCUGGACUCCAUCUCAACAGUCCCAAGCUGCAUGGUCAGGAAUAAUGGGAGUUGUAGUCCAACAAUGUGUGCAUUAGGGAUGUCGGAAUUCUGAGGAAAACAGAAAUGGGAGCAGAAAUUGCCAAUGUUCAUUUAUUCGCCCCAUGUCUAGAAUGGAAAUCAAUCCAGCGAAUACAAUUUGUAUUCCCUGUUGUUGCUUUCAGUCCACAAACAAUAUGUAAUUGAUUAUGCUUCCCUGCAGUUUGCAUUGUGUUUCCUUUGCAUUUAAGUUAAUGGGAUAGAAUAACACAGUGGUGUUAUAAUUUCACCACAGCGCAUAGCAAAAUGAAUAAUGUAGUUUUUGGCAGAAUCCCAACUGCAGCAGAACAGAGACAGUGUUGCACAUGAUGUGUGCAAUGUGGAAUAGAAACGAAUGCAUUCUUAUCUCUCUAAUCUAGAUAAGUCCAUAGUACUGAACAGCAAAAUUCUCCCACAAUAUUUCUGAAUCCAGAGAGGCUCAAGCAUGUUUUCAUUUUUUUAUACUAGACUCACUGAAGCACUUUUGGCAGUGUUGGCAGUGAACCCCUGCCCCUUCUGGGAGCUUCUAAACCAUGCUAGGAUAUUGUUGACUGGAUAUAAGAGACUUGCUAUCUGUAAAACAGGUCUUAUGUGUCCAAAAUCUGCCCAUUAUCUGUAGCCCUUUACACUGAAUGAGCUUUUGUACCAUAUUCUCAGCAACACGGUAUAAUCGGUAUCAAUGGAAUAUAUACAGUGGAACCUCGGUUUUCGAACAUAAUCCGUUCCGGAAGUCCGUUCGACUUCAGAAAUGUUCGAAAACCGAAAAUAAAAGAGCUGUCGGCAAAGUGAACGGUGAAAAUGUAAAAACGUGCCAUGGAAGCUGUUUGACUUCCGAAAAUCAUUCAAAAACAGAAGCAUUCACUUCCGGGUUGUCGGCGUUUGGGUUCCAAAUUGUUCGGCUUCCAAAGUGUUCCGACAACCGAGGUUCCACUGUAUAUUUAAAGUUACUUAGCAUAGUUUUAUAAAUAAAUAACAGAUAUGUUACAAAAGACUUGGGGUAUAAUCACUAUUUUUCUAGAAAAAGAGGGGCCAGAACUCACCAUGAUCACCUCCCUUGUUCUCUUAUAAUGACAACAGCGGCUACCAGUGAGGUGCCGGAACUGAGUUCCAGCAAGUUCCAGAUGAAACCCCCCCUGCUUUUAGCAUUAUAAAACUGAAUCGGCAAGGAAAGAAGCCAGCAGUCAGCCGCCUCUGGACAUUGUACAGGUUAUCAGCCCUGGAUCUUGUUCAGAUGGUAUGAUGUGCAAUGAAACAUACAAGAGAGUCAUUGCCAAGGUUUACAUCAAAGGAAGAAUUCGUAAGGUUUACUGAAAAGCCCUGCUCUGAGUGUUCUGCUGCCAACUGAUCCACCAACCUCAUGUGAAUGGUGUUUUUUCUCUAUAGAAGGAAGAUGAACCUGAGGGGGCCUCUCAUCUGUUUAGUGUGGGGCAGGAUGUGUAGAAAAGUAGGCAUAUUUGUUUCUUAUGGAGAAAGCUGUAUAUUCUCUAGGAUUUUUUUAUUUUUUAAAAAAACCUUAAAUGUCCAAGAAGAGCUGAAUUGUGCGAGCAGUGUAAAAUUAGGCAAAUUUGCAUGAUUUCUCUUUUGAGUGUGCAUUAUUUGCUAUGCAAUUUCCCCCAGUUUGCAUCACUUAUUCCAGUUUUCAGGGCAUUGAAAUCUCUUCUUCCAGUCAUUGUUCAUCUGCCCCUAUUCUGACUUCUGAGAUUUCAGCAGACCUUGCUUACAUACUUUCAGGUGUAUAUUUUGCAAGCUUUAGAGCUAAGUACUUGCUCAUCUUUAAAAAACUAAUGUCUCUGUGAAAUGUUGGAAGGUAUGUCGGUUUGAUAAAAGGGUCUCUGCAACAUGAAAAUUUUGCAACAUCCUGGCCUUCCAGAACAAUUAGAUCAAUAGCAUUGAUAAGUAAAGGUAAAGGGACCCCUGACCACUAGGUCCAGUCGUGACCGACUCUGGGGUUGCAGUGCUCAUCUCGCUUUAUUGGCCGAGGGAGCCGGCGUACAGCUUCCGAGUCAUGUGGCCAGCACGACUAAGCUGCUUCUGGCAAACCAGAGCAGCGCACGGAAACACUGUUUACCUUCCUGCUGGAGUGGUACCUAUUUAUCUACUUGCACUUUGACAUUCUUUUGAACUGCUAGGUUGGCAGGAACAGGGACCAAGCAAUGGGAGCUCACCCCGUGAUGGGGAUUCGAACCGCCAACCUUCCGAUCAGCAAGUCCUAGGCUCUAUGGUUUAACCCACAGCGCCACCCGCGUCCCAGCCAAUAGCAUUGAUAGUAACGCCAAUAUUAUUUUGGAUCCUGUCACUUUGCAUUUCCUUUACUGUGUACAGUUCAGAAAACGUUUAAGAGAAGUACCAUCCACUAACGGCUUGAAGAAUGGCUUUCCUUUUCCUGAGGUUAUCCUUAGCCAAAAAUCUCAUGACAUUUUGCACUUAUUGCAUACAGAGAGGUCCAGGUCUUUGGGCCGCUCAGCCUCACAGUCCAUUCCUCCCUCAUGCCAGGGAUGGAAAGAUCUGUCAUUUUCAGUUUCCCCCAUCUUAAAUUCAGUUCUCCACAUUUUGCAGUGAUUUGCAAAACAUAUUUUUUUUUAAAAAAAAAACCUUAAUGUAAACAUUUUUGCAAGCAAUUUCCCCUAAUACAGUGGUACCUCAGGUUACAUACGCUUCAGGUUACAUAGCUUCAGGUUACAGACUCCGCUAACCCAGAAAUAAUGCUUCAGGUUAAGAACUUUGCUUCAGGAUGAGAACAGAAAUCGUGCUCCGGCGGCGUGGCAGCAGCAGGAGGCGCCAUUAGCUAAAGUGGUACCUCAGGUUAAGAACAGUUUCAGGUUAAGAACGGACCUCCAGAACGAAUUAAGUACUUAACCCGAGGUACCACUGUAGAAUGUAUUUGUCAAACUGUUUUCACCAAUACCUUCUUUUUAUGCACACUUUCCCCUAAAAUAUGCAUUUUUGUAAAUAUGCUUACCUGAAGAAAUGCAUCACUAAAUUCACAGAAGUGUGACUUUUGAAGAAUAGAUAUGUUUGGGUUUGCAUAUUGCAUCGGAAAGUUUUUAAAUGCAUACUAGAUCGAAAUUCUCCCUUGCAACAUUGUUUGCUGUGGUUUUUGCUUAUGACUUUUUUAAAAAAAAUCAUUAUUAUUAUCCUACACUUGGCCAGAAAUCCGCAGUUGCUCGUCUGCCAAUUCAGGUAGCUCGUAUAAUAUUGCAAGGAGCCUUUCUUUAAGGUACAGUGAUUGUUCUUCACCUGUAGCCCUGCUGCAGAGAUUAAUGCUUUUUUAUAGUCACUCUUCUCUGUUUCUUAUUAGCAUCCAGUUUACAUAUCUUGUGUCAAGCGCUGGAAGCCAUUACCUUUCAAGGUCGGACCCAAGGACGUGCCUGCAGAUUUUUCAAAUUAUAUUUGCGUCUCAAAUGAAAUCAGUUUGCUUCUAGGGAAAGUAAAACAAAAUAAUGUUAUCAAGGUAGUGUUUUAAGGAUUCCUUUCUUCAUUGUAGGGGGUCUCCCAGGUCCGAUUUAGGACUGCACUCCAUUUGCUAUUGUGUGGGACGUGGGUGGCGCUGUGGGUUAAACCACAGAGCCUAGGACUUGCCGAUCAGAAGGUCGGCGGUUCGAAUCCCCGGGACGGGGUGAGCUCCCAUUGCUCGGUCCCUGCUCCUGCCAACCUAGCAGUUCAAAAGCACCUCAAAGUGCAAGUAGAUAAAUAGGUACCCCUCCAGCGGGAAGGUAAACGGCCUUUCCAUGUGCUGCUCUGGUUCGCCAGAAGCAGCUUAGUCAUGCUGGCCACAUGACCCGGAAACUGUACGCUGGCUCCCUCGGCCAAUAAUGCGAGAUGAGCGCCGCAACCCCAGAGUCGGUCAUGACUGGACCUAAUGGUCAGGGGUCCCUUUACCUUUACCAUUUGCUUGUUUUUCACACCAGAGGGCCUGUGUGCUGGAGGUGUCAGACUUAGACCCAGGUUCAAAGUCCUGCUUGGCCACAAAGCUUAUUAAGCAUAACCUCAUUCACGUGGGGUUGUGGUAAUGAAAUAAUGAAGGGGUCUGUCAGGAGCCAGCCAGCAAUAAAACACACUGAGUAAGAGAAGUUAGCUCUUUAUUAGAAGAAACAAAGUCUACUCACGAGUGCCAGGCCUAAGAAGUCCAGUAACUCUUCUGGGUAGGCCUUACACCUGUGAGGCAGUUGUGGAGGCUAAAGGUCCCUGCCUGCCCACAGCUGCCUAAGUCUCUCCCAAGUCCUUCCCGAUCAAUCUGAGACUAUGCCAGUGUGUCUGCCUUUGCUCCUUUUGCUUCAUACCUCUCCUGGUCCUGGAAGACCAGGGGAGAGGGGAGCUGGUUGCAGUAGAAGUGGGAGACAUUCCUGCUGAACACCUUCUAUCCCAUGAAGCUCGUGCCAGAAAUUAAGAAAAAAUAUUUCUGUGAAAGUUAGUUGAUUAUUUCCGAUUUUAAUGCUUCUAUUUGGUUUUUUAUUGUAUACAGGAUCCCAGGAUUCUUUGGGUGAAGCCAUGUGCUUCAAAUAAUAAUAAUAAUAAUAAUAAUAAUAAUAAUAAUUUAUAUAUUUAUCUAUAUAUUUAUAUACUUAAAUAUAUAGAGAGUGCACAGCUUUAACCAAAGCCUUUCCUUUGGCUUUCAGCUCCAUUCUGCAAUUUACUUGCUACAAUCGGGUAAAGAUAACCAUAAGGAAACAAUGGCAUACGAAAUGUUCUUUAGUUUAUGCUUACAAGAACAGUAGUUUAGCUUUAUUUUAGCACGUUCCAGAACAUGAUUUCCCAAUGAGAUAAAGUAAGCAAAGCAAAAGUCAAUUUAAAACAAGAGUUUAAUGACUAAGAAGAGGGUUUGGAAAUGUGCAGUGAUGGCUUUGUAGUGGAGAAAUAUUGGACAACACUAUGUAUACACUAACUGAUUUCAGACUUGCGGGAAAUGUUGCCCCAAAUGUCACACUGACAUCGUAAUUAUACAGAGAAGGGAGAAAGUUGUAAGAAUAUAAACAGGUUGGUAAGGGGAGGUGAUAGAGCAGAGGUCGAUAUGCCAAAGCUCUGAGAGUUGAUUUAUGUUUUUAUUAGGGCUUAAUGCGCACCAUGCAUUUAAAGCAUAUUGCUUCUCCCAAAUAUUCCUGAGAACUGUAGUUUAUACCUUACAGAGUUGCCAACGUCACCAUCAGUGCUAUUUUUCUAGAAAAAGUGGUGCUGGAACUCAACAUGAAGGCCUCCCUUGUUCUCUUAGAAAGGCAAUGUUCUCUUAGAAAGACCUUUAAAGCCCUAAACGGCCUCAGUCCAGUAUUUCUGAAGGAGCUUCUCCAGGUUACAGGGAACCAGGCAGAGGGCCUUCUUAGUAGUGGCACCCACUCUGUGACGCCCUCCCCAUCAGAUGUCAAGGAAAUAAACAACUAUCUGACUUUUCGAAGCCAUCUGAAGGCAGCCCUGUUUCGGGAAGUUUUUAAUGUUUGAUGCAUUACUGUAUUUUAAUAUUUUGUUGGAAGCUGCCCAGAGUGGCUGGGGAAGCCCAGCCAGAUGGGUGGAGUAUAAUUAAUAAAUUAUAAUAAUUAUUAUUAUUAGCACCCACCAGUUGCGGAACUGAGUUCCGGAUGUGCUGGAACCGAGUUCCAGCGAAUUCCGGCUGUUCAAAAAGCCCCGAUUCUUCUUCUUAUUUGGUUGCUUUCUUUGUGAAAAUGACCCAAAGCGACAUACAAACACAAUAUACACACUAAAUCUAAAUACACAACCAAUACAAACCUUUUUUUAAAAAGCCCUCAUUUAUACAAAUAAAAAAUAGGUCUUACAGAUCCUGCCCCACUAAAAGAGGCUACUAGUAUUUAAAACCCUUCAAAUUAAAGGUCCAAGUAAAAAAAAGAAAGUUUUUGCCAGGCACCUAAAAAUAGAUGAAGAUGGCGCCGAGUGAACCCCGCUGAGGAAAGCAUUACAUAAGUAGGGGGACACUCAAAACAGACUUCUCCACAGUGGCACCUCAUUUGAAGAAUCUCUUCCCCUUAGAUUUAUGACCUGUGCUGGUAUUGCUAUCAUUUUGAUGCAAGAUCCAAACAUACCUGCUUACCUUGGUGUUUAAAGACUUUUAAGCUGUUGUUUCAUCAGCUUGCCCUGUUAUCUUAACUGCUUUAAUUCUAUUUUGCUGCAUUUUUAUCAUGUGUUUUAUGGCUGGAUGGUGUUUUUUGGACUGUAUGGGCUGUUUGUUAUAUUUAUGCACCCUACUUUGGUCCUGAUAGACGAAGGGCACAUUCUUAAUAUGUUUUCAAUAAAUAAUGAAAAAGAGUUCUAAGGUGGAAACUAGCAAGGAAACCAUCCUUUGGUAAUGGCUGUUCACAGCUGUAUUUCUGGAGGUUUUAAGUGAGCUUCAGUGGGUCUGAAAAUCUCCUUAAACGUGCUACGGCUAGCGAAUGAAUUUGCAUCUGAAACCCCCUAUUCCGUUUUCCUGCAAUUUAUCUACUAGUGACUGGUAUCAAUAUAGAACUUUGACAUUAAGCCCUAAAUGACUUAACACCUGAGAGAAUUUGUAAAAUAUCUGGGGCUAAGAUCUGCAGAGAAGAGGCCCUUGUGGUAAUUCCUGGGGUGGCCCAGGAGAGAACAUUCUCCAUAGCAGCCUCUAAAUAAUAAUAAUAAUAAUAAUAAUAAUAAUAAUAAUAAUAAUAAUAAAUUUUAUUUGUAUCCCGCUCUCCCCAGCCAAAGCCAGGCUCAGAGCGGCUAACAUCAUAUAAAUAAGACAAUAUGCAUAAUACAAUAUACAAUAUGCAAAUAAAAUAACAUUCAACAUUCAGUAAAAUAAUAUUAAAUAAUAUUAAAUAUCAGCAUUUCAAAAUGAAACAGAAAUCCAUUCAACAAUUACAAUAAGUAAUUUCUAAACUCCAAUCAAUAAAACAACAGCAAACCACAGUGCACAACAUAAUACAAUACAAAAUAAGAAGCAGAGACUGGAGGGUGGAGCAAGGCAGGUGGAAAGAGGCCUUGCCUGAUGAAGUCUCUCCCCUUCCCUCCCCACAGAGGCACAUCUGGCACCUUCAUAAUAAAGUUUUUCUGGUAUACUGAAGAAGAGCCUCCAUAUCUUGGUCUUUGACACUUAAGGUCUAUAUUUUUAGGACCCGCUCUAUUCUUGUGAUUGUAAUUUAUUUUACACUAGUGAGUAAUAAAUGACGUUGUUGUUCCUGCUGCUGCUGUUGUUAUCAUUAUAAUUAUUAUUAUCGUUAUUAUUAUCAUUAUUAUAUGUUACUCAAAAGGUAGGCUGUUGCUGUGAUUAAUCUUUAAACCCUGCCCCUGGUGUUAUGUUUCCAUCUUCAACCUGCAUGUUGGGCAGACUCUCCAAGUGUCCCUAUUUUCCGGAGACAGUCCUGGAUUUUCAGAAGCCGUCCCAGUUUCUGAUGGGAUCCCGGAAUGUCCCACUUUCCCUUAAAGGUAAAGGUAAAGGGACCCCAACCAUUAGGUCCAGUUGUGACCGACUCUGGGGUUGCAGCGCUCAUCUCGCUUUACUGGCCAAGGGAGCCGGCGUACAGCUUCCGGGUCAUGUGGCCAGCAGGACUAAGCCGCUUCUGGCGAAUCAGAGCAGCGCACGGAAAUGCUGUUUACCUUACCGCCGUUUACCUUCCCCCCUAUUUAUCUACUCGCACUUUGACAUGCUUUCAAACUGCUAGGUUGGCAGGAGCAGGGACCGAGCAACGGGAGCUCACCCUGUCCCGGGGAUUCGAACCGCCAACCUUCUGAUCUGCAAGUCCUAGGCUCUGUGGUUUAACCCACAGCGCCACCUGCGUCCCGUGGAGGGUAUGGUAGGACGUCCCUAUUUUCGCUGGAGAAAUGUUGGAGGGUAUGGAGUUAUGUGACCCCCCGAGUCAACGAGAUAAGUAACUAUACAACUUUUUGAGGAUAUCUGCAGGCAGCCCUGUAUCGGGAAGUUUUAAAAAUAUUUAAUGUUCUAUUAUAUUUCUAUGUAAGUUGGAAGCUGCUCAGAGUGUCUGGGGCAACCUAAUUAGAUGGGUGGGGUAACAUCAUCAUCAUCAUCAACAACAGCAACAGACCAGGAUGUCCCUGUUUUCAUUGGAGGAAUGUUGGAGGGUAAGGUUGGGUGUGGUUGUCUGCAAAGGAACUCCCAACACUUCUUUGCAGACAACUGUUACAAAUAAUUGCAGUUAACUCAAACCAGGGGGUGAGGGUGGGGAAAACUCUUCUUGGCACCACUGUCUUUUUAUUUAUUUAUUUAACCCACCCACCCCCUCAGGAGUCUGAAUCCUAGACUUGUAGAGUUAAGGUUGUCUCGUCAUUCCUUGUGGCCUCCUCUCCCACACCUUUUCCCCGCUCGGAGUAAACAGCAUGAAAACUUGUGUAAGCAGCAUCCCAGCCAAGCCUUUUAUAAACUAAACUUUAAUUUGUUAUUCUUUUGGCAUCCACCAGAGUGUUCGUGUGACUGGGUGGGUUGGCUGUGGAACUGAGCACUGCAAAAACUUUCAGCGGCGGAAUGUCUCAUUUGGCGGUGGCUCUGUGUCACUAACCAAACACACACGACCCCACCAUAUGCAUGUAACCCCAUGGAGGACAAUCGGUGGAAAUGUUUGGUGUGAGUAAACCGGGCUCAUUGUGAGCGAGGUCUUAUUUUUUUCCCCCCCGAAGAUAUUUAUUAAGGUUUUCAAUAUAUUACAAAAAUAGAAAAAAGAAAAAAGAAAAAUACAAAAUAAAAAUAGUUAAAAACAAUUCAGUUUUUCAAUCACUUAUCAUUCAUUUGCUUAUUUCCCGGACCUCCUCACACCUCCCUUUUCUGUAUUCCAAUUCAGUUUGUUAGUUCAGCAAAUCCCUCCCCUCUUUGUUUAUCCUAAUCUUCAAUCUUAAAAUAUUGUAACAUUAGAUUUUUACCUAUUAAUAGUCUAUUUUUUCAUAUUCCCUUAUAACAUUACAGCUGGAAACCACUUAGUUUCUAUCCAACGUCAUUCUAACAUUCAUUAAUUUACAGUAUUUCUGUAGAUAGUCUUUAAACUUUUUCCAAUCUUCUUCCACCGACUCUUCUCCCUGAUCUCGGAUUCUGCCAGUCAUUUCUGCCAGUUCCAUAUAGUCCAUCAUCUUCAUCUGCCAUUCUUCCAGGGUGGGUAGAUCUUGUGUCUUCCAAUACUUUGCAAUAAGUAUUCUUGCUGCUGUUGUGGCAUACAUAAAGAAAGUCUUAUCCUUCUUUGGCACCAAUUGGCCGACUAUGCCCAACAGGAAGGCCUCUGGUUUCUUUAGAAAGGUAUAUUUAAAUACCUUUUUCAGUUCAUUAUAGAUCAUCUCCCAGAAAGCCUUGAUCUUUGGGCACGUCCACCAAAGGUGAAAGAAUGUACCUUCGUUUUCCUUACAUUUCCAACAUUUAUUAUCGGGCAAAUGAUAGAUUUUUGCAAGCUUGACUGGUGUCAUGUACCACCUGUAUAUCAUUUUCAUAAUAUUCUCUCUUAGGGCAUUACAUGCCGUAAAUUUCAUACCUGUGGUCCACAACUGUUCCCAGUCAGCAAACAUAAUGUUAUGUCCAACAUCUUGUGCCCAUUUAAUCAUAGCAGAUUUCACCGUUUCAUCCUGAGUAUUCCAUUUCAACAGCAAGUUAUACAUCUUUGACAGAAUCUUAGUUUUGGGUUCUAACAGUUCUGUUUCUAAUUUUGAUUUUUCCACCUGGAAGCCAAUUUUCUUGUCCAAAUUGUAUGCCUCCAUUAUCUGAUAAUAAUGAAGCCAGUCUCGCACUUUGUCUUUUAAUUUCUCAAAACUCUGCAAUUUCAAUUUGUCUCCUUCUUGUUCCAAAAUUUCCCAAUAUUUCGGCCAUUUGGCCUCCAUAUUGAGCUUUUUCUGAGCCUUUGCUUCCAUCGGUGACAACCACCUUGGGGUUUUAUUUUCAAGUAAGUCCUUAUAUCUUAUCCAGACAUUUAACAAUGCUUUCCUAACAAUAUGGUUUUUAAAUGCUUUAUGUGCUUUAACCUUGUCAUACCACAAAUAUGCAUGCCACCCAAAAACAUUAUUGAAACCUUCUAAAUCCAAAAUGUCUGUGUUCUCAAGAAGCAGCCAUUCUUUCAACCAGCAGAAUGCUGCUGAUUCAUAAUAAAGUUUGAGGUCUGGCAGGGCAAAUCCACCUCUAUCCUUUGCAUCAGUCAAUAUUUUAAAUUUUAUUCUGGGCUUCUUGCCCUGCCAGACAAAUCUAGAAAUAUCUCUCUGCCACUUCUUGAAACAGUCCACUUUGUCCAAGAUUUGCAAUGAUUGAAACAAAAAUAACAUUCUUGGCAAUACAUUCAUAUUUAUAACAGCAAUUCGACCUAACAAGGAAAGCUUCAAGUUUGACCAUGUCUCUAGGUCCUUUUUCACUUCUGACCAACAUUUCUCAUAAUUGUCUUUAAAUAGAUUUAAAUUCUUAGCAGUCAUAUUAACCCCCAGGUAUUUUACUUUCUUAACCAAUGUUAAACCUGUCUCCUUCUGAAACCUCUGUUUCUCAAUCGAUGUUAAAUUUUUCUCAAGCACCUUAGUUUUUAACUUGUUCAACUUAAAUUCGUGAGCGAGGUCUUACAGAGUCGGCCACUCAAUAUUAGUAAAGCUUUGGAGGAAGAGGCAAAGAUCUACUUAGUUUUUUCACUAUAACUGGGACAAUAAACAGUUACUGAAAGCGAUAGGAAAUGGAGGGGGGAGAUAUUUUUCUAGCUUUUUCUUCUGUGGGUUAAACCACAGAGCCUCAGAAGGUUGGCAGUUCAAAUCCCCGCAACGGGGUGAGCUCCCGUUGCUCGGUCCCUGCUCCUGCCCCCCUAGCACUUUGAAAGGACGUCAAAGUGCAAGUAGAUAAAUAGGUACCGCUCUGGCGGGAAGGUAAAUGGCGUUUCUGUGCGCUACUCUGGUUCGCCAGAAGCGGCUUAGUCAUGCUGGCCACAUGACCUGGAAGCUGUACGCUGGUUCCCUUGGCCAAUAAAGCGAGAUUAGCGCCGCAACCCCAGAGUCGGCCACGACUGGACCUAAUAGUCAGGGAUACCUUUACCUUACGCUAGAGAGAACAGAGAAAUGAGGGGGGCUUGUUAUAGUAAAUACAAACCUAGAACCACGGCUUUCCUUUUAUUUCAAACGUCAGUGUCCUAGCUUUCUGCAAAUUUGUCUGUCCACCCACAUUGCCCCCACCUGAAACUGUUUUCCUGGGAGGGGAAGGAAAGAUGCUGUAAGAAUUCUGGAACAGAUGAGAAGAUAAACGAUUGUGUCUGGGAAAAACUGUAACAUUUCACUUGUGCGUAUGAGAGGGACAGUAAGACAGACAGCUGCUUCUCACUAUACACAACUUUCCCCCCUUGAAAUUGUGUAGAGGUAUCACAAUUUCCCUCUUCUCUAGGGGGGCAUGAGUAUGGACAUCAUAAGUGACCUGAUGGAUCAGAACAAAGGCCUGUCAAUUCCAGCAUUCUUUGAAUGACUAACCAGAUGCCUGUCAAUGUUUGAAAAGGAAAAGGUUCUGACCUCCUUUGACUCCUUUCCCUGGUCCUCGGACCCUAGUUGGCACAAAAGAGUCCUUGAGAAAGAGUACUUUGCAGAAUGCUGCUUUUAUUCUUAAAAUAGUCUUCUCCAACCACGACCAACAGCUUUAUACAUAUCAAACGCAACCAGCUUUCUACCAUCCAACCAACCCACCACACACACAGAGUCAAUGACCACUCUAUAUAUACAGUGGUACCGCGGGUUACAUACGCUUCAGGUAACAUACGCUUCAGGUUACAGACUCCACUAACCCAGAAAUAGUACCUCGGGUUAAGAACUUUGCUUCAGGAUGAGAACAGAAAUCGUGCUCCAGCGGCGUGGCAGCAGCAGGAGGCCCCAUUAGCUAAAGUGGUGCUUCAGGUUAAGAACAGUUUCAGGUUAAGAAUGGACCUCCGGAACGAAUUAAGUACUCAACCAGAGGUACCACUGUACAGACAUAUGUAGGUGAAAGGUUGCAAGAGUCAUGCAGGCUUUGCCGAUUCAUUGUAGGCCACUGACUCAGUUACUUUUGCAUUAAAGAAACAGCAGCAAAUUUUAAGCCAUGACAACGCUGACAUGAAGGCCACAAGCAGAACAUGGUUGCAAUAGCACUCUCUCACUUGUGCUUCCAUACAGCUGGAAUUCAGAGACUUAGUGUUUCUGAUACUUGAAGAAACACAAAGCCAUCGUAAGCAGCAGUCAUUGAUAGCCUUAUCCUCCACGAAUUGGAGGAACAUCUACAUGAGUGGACACUACUUCAUAUUGUGGUACUGGAUUCCAUCGCUUAACUGUUGUAUGAAGUAGUCAUAUCUAUUUUGAAACAUCUGGAUUGCCUUCUAGUUAGCUUCUGGCUCAGUACAAAGUGCUAGUUUCAACAUCUGAAUUCAUAAACAAUUCCGGACCCUGAUAUUUACCAUCUUCUCAGAUAUUUCUCUGGUCACUGAGAUCCUCCAUUAAGACUCUCUUUUGGGUACCUCACCUCUGAGGUGUCAUAGUAUGCUUCUAAGGCAGUGUGUUUCUGAAUAUUGUUUGCUUGAAACUGCAGGAUGGGAGAGUGUUUGUGUCCUGCUUUGGGGCUUCCUGUAGGCAUUUUGGUUCCAUUAGUAUAUCUGUUGCAUUGGAUUUCCUAUUGCACCACCAUUAUUCUCACUAGCACACAACAGCCCCUUACACUACUAGCACAACAGCCUUUCUGUUGGUGGUCAAAGAAUGUUGAUUCUGGGCCUUUAACUUUCCUUUUAUGUCUGUUGUGUUUCUAUGUUUCUUUUAUUCAGGAAUUCGCUACAAGGAUCUUAUUGUUGGCGUGCCCAAGGAAAUAUACAAAAACGAGAAGAGAGUAGCUCUUUCUCCUGCUGGCGUCCAAGCUUUAGUGAAGCAAGGCUUUAAUGUGCAAGUGGAACAUGGAGCUGGUGAAGAAGCAAAGUUCUCCGAUGAUCUAUACAAAGAUGCUGGAGCAAAAAUUGGGGACUUGAAAACGGUGUUUGGAUCAGAUCUUGUGUUAAAGGCAAGUUUGCUAGUGAAAUGUAUAGACUUACAUUUGUGACAGUAUGACAUGGCAGCUUCAUCUAGCCAUCUCCAAGCCUAUAUCUCUUGGGCAACCUUAUUCAAUGCACCCUAAGGUUGCCAUGUGUCCUCUUUUUCCAGGACACGUCCUCUUCUUCAGGGGUAAAAUUUCUGUCCAGGUGGAUUUUUUUAAUUUGCCAAAAUGUCUCUGGCUAUACUUUCUGGAUGAGUCAUAGACCUAACUGGUGGCUGAAGACUUGCUUUCCUCUUCUCUUCUCCUGCCCUCCUGAGCAAUAUAUCACAGCUUCUAUAGAUGUCCAGUUUUUCUUGAGCAUUCUUUCUGAUAUGUUUACAGGGUGGUUAUACAAAUUUGCCCAUAGUGUGGUUAUGGCUUCCCAUUAAUAACUUCUUCAUCUUACACUGAAAUUUCCCUGUCACUAGCUAUAACAAGUCCUUGAGAGCCAGUGUGGUGUAGUGGUUAAGAGCGGUAGUCUCAUAAUCUGGGGAACCGGGUUCGCGUCUCCGCUCCUCCACAUGCAGCUGCUGGGUGACCUUGGGCCAGUCACACUUCUUUGAAGUCUCUCAGCCUCACUCACCUCACAGAGUGUUUGUUGUGGAGGAGGAAGGGAAAGGAGAAUGUUAGCCGCUUUGAGACUCCUGAAGGGGAGUGAAAGGCGGGAUAUCAAAUCCAAACUCUUCUUCUUCUUUUUUUUUAAAAAGUGGAUUUGUGGCACUAGGGUGUGCUACAAUUCACUUUAGGGGGUGCCUUAAUUCACUUUAAUUGAAUGUUCAUUGAACAAACAGAAACUUCCAUCAUGCGCUUGAAACGCUCCUUCGAAACAGUGACAGUCUAGAAGGCACCCUUUGUUUACUCACUGUUUAGAGGACUAACACCCCCUGAAGCUGCUUGCUAUAAGUCAUCAAUGUGGGGAGGGGGUGUAGAAUGCAGGUGUAAUAAGAGUAAAGAAGGAAACAUACAAAUAUCAUCUUUGACUGAGUUCACAUUUACAAUCAAUGCACUUUUGUUGGGAGCCAUUGUCAUAACCUAUGUCCUUAAUCCUGCUUCACUAGUAAAGGUAAAGGUAAAGGGACCCCUGACCAUUAGGUCCAGUCGUGACCAACUCUGGGGUUGUGGCGCUCAUCUUGGCUGAGGGAGCCGGCGUACAGCUUCCGGGUCAUGUGGCCAGCAUGACUAAGCCGCUUCUGGCAAACCAGAGCAGCACACGGAAACGCUGUUUACCUUCCCGCCGGAGCGGUACCUAUUUAUCUACUUGCACUUUGACGUGCUUUCAAACUGCUAGGUUAGCAGGAGCAGGGACCAAGCAACAGGAGCUCACCCUGUUGCGGGGAUUCGAACCGCCGACCUUCUGAUCGGCAAGCCCUAGGCUCUGUGGGUUGCCAUAUUUCAUUUUUUUUUUUUUAAUAAUUGAUAUUUAUUGAAUUUUCAAAGAAUAACAACAAAAAUUUCCAAAAAAAAAAUAAAAAAAUUUAAGGAUACAAAAAACAAAAUUAGUGCAUAAACAAAAAAGAAAAGAAAACCCAGCCGCAAAGAAAAAAAAAAGAGAAACAGAAAAACAAAAAUAUAAAGUCCUUUACAAUCUCUAUUGACUUCCUUUCUAGACUUCCUCCUCCUCCCCUCUUUUGUUUCUUAAUUUUUAAUUUUUACAGCAAAUCCUUUCUGUUUUUUCAUAACAAUCUGUCAUUACGUUUCCUUAUUCUAUUUUCCCUCUUGUCAUAUAAAAACUUUAAAACUCAUAGCUUAUAUUCAAUAUUUACCAAAUUCUUGCAUCAUUACCUUUUACGAAUCAUUUACCAAUCCUUACUUAAGUCAUGUAAUUUCAUUCAACAUCCUUCAAACAUUUGUAAGCAUUCCCAAUAUUAAAAAGUAAAAAGAAAAAAUAAUAAGUCAAAUUCAGUCCAGUCAGCUUCCAACCUCCCCUCCCCUGGACCCGGGAUUGUCAGUCCUUUUAACCUCGGUAAUCCGGCUCCUUAACCUGGUUGUCUCGUAUCCGAGGCCCUCAAGUCUCUUUCUUGCCCCUUUCGCCACUCUUGUUGAUGAUUCCUUUCCAGUCGUGGAUGCUCCAGCAAGAAAAUGCUUUUGACCCUUUGCAACAAGUCCAUCCCAAACCCAUUGCCCAAGCCAGACAGCAAAUAAUACCACUUCAAAUUUCCACAAAGCUUGGAGACUUCGGCUACUCCAAUCCUCUGAUAGCCCAUCACCAGACUCGGAAGGUCCAAAUAACCAUAUGGAGGGGGGGUCGAUCCAUCCCCCCAUUUCCAAAUCUAACCACAUUUCAUCUUUCCGAAUCUGGUUUGUCCCAAGUUCAUUUAUCAAGUUCAAAGGCUGAUCUUGCCCGUCCAAAGGUCCCUCCAUCUCUGAAGCCUCCGUCACUACAGCAGGUUCAUAUGCUUGUAUAGCCUUUAACUGAAUUUCAUUUGUUUGCUGCUGUGCUCUGGUAACUUCCAUCCUCAAGGUCGUCUCCUGACGCAUCUGGUCCAGCUGGGCACUUAGUUUUGAAAAACCUUCCAGGAACAAUUGUUCCAGCCUUUGUACUAGCAUUGUCCUUCAAGGUCAAAGAAAAUUCUUUCCCACGAGAAUAGUCCAAUAGUCCUUCUCUUUUAAUCUCUCUGCGUUGCAAUUUCACUAAAUUCCACUAGAUGGAAUUCUUUUUUUUUUAAAAAAGGAAUAAAAGCAACAGCAACAAUCUUUCUUUUCCAGAAACACUUUAUCCAAAAUUCCCCCUCCAAAUUCAAGAGGCAACAGUAGAAUCAAAAUGUUACCCUUCUUUUAACUAACUGUCGAGCUGGAUAAACUUCAGAACGUCAAUUCUGACAGCCCGCUCCUGGUUCAGGGCGGUGGAAAAUUGCUUUAUUUUAAACUCACUUCCGCAGGAUUGAAAAGUCCAAAUACAACCCCUUUUUCUCCUGCUGUCAAAGGGGGUUCAGAAAUCUUAGAUGUUGAAUUCUAGUUCUCUUAAAAUUUAAUUUUCAGGCUUUAGUAUAUUUUGUCUUUGCUUUCUUCACAUAACAAAAGAACGGAAGGCGACUUCCUGUUUAGACCUUCCCAUUCCGAGUCCCAAUUAAGUUCAAUUUCAAGUCCAAUAUUAUUUAUUUAUUCACCAGUCUUAAAAGUGGUUCAGCUCUUCCAAGAUCAGGUACUCACGGAUAGAUGUUUUAGAUGCCAAAUUGUCCAGGAAAAAGGCAGCGCUCUCCGAUAACGGCAGUGCGGCUUUGCUGCACGGAGGAAGCAGACGACUCACAGCACCACGCACCUCCCACUCCGGAGCCCGUUACCGGGCUCCUGUACAAGGGGAGAGAGCGCCUCGGUGCCCGCCGAGUCCCACGUCCACAGGCUUCUUCCGCCUGUGGUUUUUGCGGGUCCCCGCUGCGCCGUAGCGGCAGGACCCAAGCCUCCGUGCAGCGGGUUCCCUUCAGUCCGAAGGGAAUUCCGCCAUUUUCCGGAGGCGCCACCCCGGAAGUCUGGGUUGCCAUAUUUCAUAUUUCAAAAAGUAAAAACCAGGACACCCCAAAAGUGUUUCAACUUGAACAGAGAUGAGUUAAGUCCAGUAGGUCUGCAAUUGAACAUCAUCAUCCUUGCCCAAUACAUUUUCAUGACACUUUGCAGAAGUCAACAAAAAAACAGUGUAUCAGUAUCAGCAUCAAACUUUAUUUGGGUUGCAGACUAGCAUAAGACCAGCAUAUACUCUGGUUUCUCUUCAGAUCGUAUAAAAAGACAUAGCCUUCGCCCAAGAAGCUUACAAUCUACAUUUCAGCACAGGGGAAGACAAGGAGAGAAAUGGAAAGGGGUGAAUAUGAUUUGUUUCAGUUGUUGUGGGAUAGGAACUAAAGGGUUACAGGCUUCAUGGAAAAGGUGAGUUUGGGGGAGGGAUUUGAUUGAAGAGGUGGCAUUCUAUAAGUCAGCCUUCACCAGCUUGGUUCCCUCCUGAUGUAUUGGACUAUGACUCCCAUCAAUCUUAGUCAGCACAGCUGAGUUGGCUGAGCCUUAUGAAACUUGUAGCCCAAAACAUCUGGAAGACACUGAAGUGUAGGUGGGUUCCAACGAGGCAAGACACAGUGAAAACAGCAAGAACCUUUAUUGAACUAACAGAACUGGAAAACAGGGGCAAGGCAACUGCUUAUAUACAUUUCUGAAGGCCAGGGCCACUCCCAGCAUGAUUGGCUGUCUAAACUUCCAAGCUGCGAAUCACAACUCAGAGUUUAAGGGCCAAUGGCAGAGGCCCGAAUCCUGAAAUGCUCUGUGAUUGGAUAUCAUGCAUCGAAUCAGAACACAAGGGCUCAGAAUCCUUAGUCCAGACUCAAGUUCAGACAAACACAAACCACUGAAUACAUAACAGAUACCAGAAGGUGUUCUGGAGGGUGUUUAAUUUAGGUACAUGGAAAUACAUUUUGGAUUAAUAUUUUGGAUUAAACAAAGCAUUUCUUUUCUUUCAGGUCAGAGCUCCAGUCUUUAAUGAAGUGUUGGGAGUGCAUGAGACAGCCCUACUGAAGGAGAAGGCGACACUUGUCAGCUUCAUCUAUCCGGCUCAGAACCCAGAUCUGCUGGAUAAACUUGCUCAGCGCAAGGCCACCGUCUUGGCAAUGGACCAAGUUCCUCGAGUCACUAUCGCUCAAGGAUACGAUGCCUUAAGUUCAAUGGCCAACAUUGCAGGGUGAGGAUCCACAAUAUUGAAGGACCAGGGCUACCGUUUCAGAUUAAUCAAUUCCAGCCUCAGCCCCACUACAAAUCUUUGCAGCCUCUCUGACUUUAGUGCCAGAAGGACAGUCAGCAUGCUCAGAAGAGCCUUGGUAAAGGUAAAGGGACUCCUGACCAUUAGGUCCAGUCGUGGCCAACUCUGGGGUUGCAGCGCUCAUCUCGCUUUAUUGACCGAGGGAGCCAGCGUACAGCUUCUGGGUCAUGUGGCCAGCAUAACUAAGCCGCUUCUGGCGAACCAGAGCAGCACACAGAAACGCCAUUUACCUUCCCGCCAGAACGGUACCUAUUUAUCUACUUGCACUUUGAGGUGCUUUCGAACUGCUAGGUUGGCAGGAGCAGGGACCGAGCAACGGGAGCUCACCCCGUCGUGGGGAUUUGAACCGCCGACCUUCUGAUCGGCAAGUCCUAGGCUCUGUGGUUUAACCCACAGCGCCACCCGCGUCCCCAGAAGAGCCUAGAUCAGCCUAAAUCAUAAGGUAGGGAAACCCUGUCUCUGGGGGGAGGCUUUUGUCAUAGGAAGAACCCAUAGCUUGGGGCACCAAAAGACUAUUACAUUGCAUUUGUUCUGCCCUCACAGAGCUACAAUUCUCCAGACUGGUUUACCAGUCAAUCUCUCUUCCGAGGGAGCUUUGGGAAUUGCAGCUCUAUGAGGAGGAUAAGGGUCUCAUCACAGCUUUCAGCACCCUUAACAAACAACAGCUCCCAGGAGUCUUUGGGGGAAGCCAUGAAUGCUUAAAGUGGCAUGAUACUGCUUUAAAUGUAUAGUACAGAUGUGACUAUAGGGACGCGGGUGGCGCUGUGGGUUAAACCACAGAGCCUAGGACUUGCUGAUCAAAAUGUCAGCAGUUCGAAUCCCCUGACGGGAUGAGCUCCCAUUGCUCGGUCCCUGCUCCUGCCAACCUAGCAGUUCGAAAGCACGUCAAAUUGCAGGUAGAUAAAUAGGUACCGCUCCGGCGGUAAGGUAAACGGCGUUUCCAUGCGCUGCUCUGGUUUGCCAGAAGUGGCUUAAUCAUGCUGGCCACAUAACCCGGAAGCUGUACGCCGGCUCCCUCGGCCAAUAAAGCGAGAUGAGCGCCGCAACCCCAGAGUCAGUCACGACUGGACAUAAUGGUCAGGGGUCCCUUUACCUUUACAGAUGAGACUAUAGUUUUGCAGCAGCUCCUGCUUUUUCUACCCACUGCAACUAUUUCCUCCUAGCUGCUGCUGAGCAAACCAAGAGCCCUGUUUGCUCCAGGAGGCUGAGGAGCAUGAAGGAGCAGAGAAACAGAACUAAGAAAACCACCUUUUUCGGUAUAUUAAAAAGCCAUGUUUGGAUGGUAGGCCAUGACUGACAUAGCAGGAGUCAUUCUACCCCAUAACUCAAUGGUGGCUGUAAACCAUGUGUGCCUGGCUUUGUUUCAGUUUGAUACCAGAAGUGUUGAUUAAACUGCACUGGGAAUGGGGCUCUUUAAAGGGAUAGGGAUGACCUCCAAAUUGCAACCUGGGGAUUACCAUCAUCGUUCCUUUUAACAACAAAUUCAAGUGGCUGAGCACUUGAGUUAGGAAGCAAAACAGGACCACACCAAAAUAAGGAAGUGGUUUCCUCAUACUCAAGGGAUUUCCUUGGUACACAGAAGAAUAUAUAACAAAUAACGUCUUUUUAAAAAAUAAAACAAAAACAAGGAAACCCAAAACUGCCUGACAAGAACUAGUUACAAAAUAUGAUGGCAAUUGAGUCAACAUGUCUUUGUAAAGGAAGGAGGUGUCUAAAGUAACCAAAAGUCAAUUAAUUCAGUGGUUUUAUUAUUAUAUUAUAGUAUUUAAUAUAGAAUGGUGAUGAUGAUGAUGAUGAUAAUCGACAUAAGAGAGGAGAGGUGUUAUGGGAAGAAGGUGAGUUGAAAGAAACUAGCAGUUGGGAGCGGAGAAUAUAGCAUAAUUUGCAUGUGAAAGGAUAAUGGGAGAAGAAACUACAGGGGAUGAGUAAAUACAUUAUGAGGGGAAUGUUGGCAUAAGAAGCAGAAAACAUAAAUGAAAAGGCCUUCUUAGGGCUUCUGGAUCAGCAAAUUUUGUCCUAAAUGUGGAGUGUGAUUCACACUACUUCCAGAAUAAAUGUCUUGAGGAAAUAUGAGCUAUGUACUAUGGCAAACAAUUUAGCAAAUGCCAAAGAUGAAUUAGGUAUCAGUAGAAAGUGAAGUCAGUAGCUGCUAGUUGAUUAAGACAAACUCGGCUUCUAUCGAUCACUGUUUGGUGACUGUGGGCCUUCAGUAAUGAUCAGCCUUCUCAAAUGGGCCCUGGUGAUAGAAAGUUUGAGGACUCCUGUCUUAGAUGGGGAGAAUAUACAGCAACUGUGUGUUGCAGGUCCAACAUGCCCUAUUAUACUUGAAUAUAGAGAAGAUGUGUAGAAUCUUCUAGGAGAUAUUAAGUGUGUUGUGUGGGAACGCUAAUGACACUUAACCUCUCUGUCUUCUGUUCUGGGAGACAUUAUAAUUUUGGGCCUCUUCAGUGGCCAUUUAUGACACCUCAUUUGGGCAGAAGGAAAGUAUGUGGGAUGUUAUUAGAUGCCAGCACUUAGGAAGCAAGUAAGUGUUUAGGAAAAUAGCCUGGAAAAAUAGUGUUGUCAGAUUUAAACCACAGCGUAAAGUGUGUGUAAUAGCCCUGUAGCUGGAGAGAUUACACCUGACUUAACAUCUCCCAGAUGCACGGCUCUUAAAAGACGCAAGAGUUUUCUCUGAAUACAGCAAUGGCAAGUCUGGCUUGGUGUCUUGACCAAAAUGAGUCCGAUUGAGAUGAAGUGGCUUUAAUUCUGAACCAUUUCAAGAUGCAGCAUGUGUACAUAAUUGGUGUAGCAUUUAAACCAGUUUGUUGGGUUGAAAGAAAGAGAAAAUUCCAGCAGCUUUGAAAUCAGUUCCAAACGUGAAUUGAUUCAAAAUGUGUUUAUUCCUGAAUGGCAAUGACUGGCCCCAAAGGUUUUGGCUCAUAGUACAGUCAAUGUGAUAUGAAGGGCUUCAAACUCAAGCAUACUUAGUUGGAAAUAUGGGACUUGCUUCUGAAUGAAUGUGGCUAGGACUGAGUCGCUGCUACUACCCGGUCAUUCAAAAACACCUUGGAUGUAAAAUCUGAUCUGGAGGCAAUUUGGAUUGACUUUCAAGUUUAUCAGCUGAAGUUUAUCAGCCUGUUCUUUCACAGGCUCUGCUUUUGUUGUGUUAAUAGCAGAGUAAGGGUUGCCACAUAUUUCUGGGGCUGCAGCUGUUUCUGCAAUUGGUUCCAGAACAGCUUUGUUUUUGAGCACUUCUAGAAGACAAAUUAGGUGUCAGUAGCAUAUUCUGGAACUGCUUACCUGGAUGCAAUCUCCUGAGAAAACAGUGCCUUGAUAUAUUCAAUGUAUUGCUUAUACAAUGGUUUUCCGGAAAGCAAUGAUGGCGCUCGACAUGCCGCGGGGACAGCUCGUUUGAUGUUCCUUUUCUGGCAUAAGAUGGCAACUUUUGCCAUUUGCCAAGCCCAAAGAUUGCUUGAACAGGGCUGCAUGCUGUCCUCCUUUGCACAAAACACCCAAGAAGGGCAAAAGUGUGAAUGCCAAUAACCUGCAUGGUUUUUGUCGUGCAAAUAGCUGCCCAAAGAAAAGCCUCUGUAGCCUCAGAAUCUGAGAAGAGGAGAGGAAAAGGUUAACUCCUUCUCUUCCUGACUGUAGUAAUGGGUAAUGAUAAGAGUUAUACACUGUGGCCAGUUAUUAUUGCUGUUAUUAUGAUAUAUUUAUUAAUACCCACCCUUUUCCCUGAUGAGAUUCAAGGAAACUUACAGAUAAAAAGAAGAACUUCAGAGAAAAAACAGGAAAAAACAAUACAAUAAUUAAAAACAAUCAAACACUGACAGAAUUAAAACAAUAUACAUAUAGAACAUAUAUUAAAAGCAAUAAUUACAAUGAAAACAGUGUGGCACCAGCCCUUUUGUUAAAAGCAGUCAGUUCCCAAACGCCUGUCGGAACAAGAAAGGAGAGAGCCAGUCUAGCUUUCUAGGGAGAGAAUUCUAAAGUCUGGGGGUUGCCACUGAGAAGGCUCUCCCCAAAGUUAUUAUGGGCUGGAGCUAAGACUCGUUUAGCUUUUGCUAGUGGUUGCUUUCAUUUUCCUGUCCAGUUGUAUGUUAACCUGUUCAUCAACAAACAGCCUCUUGCUCUGGUCUUACAAAAUGAAUAACCCGAUACAGUGAUAGCUCGGGUUAAAUACUUAAUUCGUUCUGGAGGUCUGUUCUUAACCUGAAACUGUUCUUAACCUGAAGCACCACUUUAGCUAGUGGGGCCUCCUGCUGCGCCACUGCCGCACGAUUUCUGUUCUCAUCCUGAAGCAAAGUUCUUAACCCGAGGUAAUAUUUCUGGGUUAGCGGAGUCUGUAACCUGAAGCGUAUGUAACUUGAAGUGUAUGUAACCUGAGGUACCACUGUAUCUUAAAUAAGAACUUAACACGGUUGUAGUCCCCUGCAAAAUAGUCUAUCUGAAGAAGUGAAUUGCAUUUCAAGGAAAACUCCUCUUAGCAUCAAUGGGAUGCUUGAAACGCAACUGGUAGCUUCUGAGGGGUGAAAUGAGAGAGAAAGCGUUGUUUCCCUUCCCAAGCCCUGCAGUCCUGAGGCUGCUCAAGCAUCCCUUUUGCUGCUAUUGACAUAACUAAAGAUGGCGGCCUGCUGGACAGAGUCAAUUCUGCACCUCUUCCUUAAAUACAGAUGUAUUGACACAUCAACAUUUGUGUACUGGAGUCCUCUUUAUCUGUUCCAUCCUCCUUCAAUCUUCAGUGGUAGCACCACAGUGCAGGUGAGAUCAUGCCAGUAGCUCCUUUGACCUGCAAAACGGCUUUGGUGUUGUAUGGCAUAAAGCAUGCAGGCGUCCCUGCUAGCAUCUCAGUAGCCCAACAAUCCUAAUUUGGGGUCAAUGGAGCUAGCACACAACCAAGGGAGAUUGAGUAUGCACAAUGAUUUCGAGGGGUCCCUGUGUGCUCUGACAGCUGUCUGUGAGUCGACCUCCUGUUGGAUCAUCUUGUAGGCAGAGUGAAUGCAGGCAUGGAUGCAAUUACAGUAUUCCUCUUUACAUAUACAACAGAGGGAUUCCCUUGUUAAUCAGCGAUAAUGUAAACCCUGCGUGAAGUGAAAAAUAAGGCAAACAUUGCUGCGACUUUCCAAGGAACGUUUAUGUUGGAAGCAUUAGGUUGGGUAGCAUCCACGGAUGUGGAUUUCCUUAACAUACUUUCAAAAUGAACCCCCCCCCACAAAAACAAAACAAAACCCCAUUGCUUUAAAAAGAAAGAAAUAAUCUAAACCUCUUGUUUUCUUCUUCAGAGAACUAGUGAACCCAGAAUAGCUCCAAUUCUUUGGAAGUUAUGCACCCCUAAUGAACCUUAGACAUGCCCAGUGCUUUUUUUUCUGGGGGGGGACGCAGGGGUACGCAUACCCCUGAACAUUUCGUCAAUCUUUGUAUUUUUGUCCAUUUACUGUACAGUGGUACCUCGAGUUAAGAACUUAAUUCGUUCUGGAGGUCCGUUCUUAACCUGAAACUGUUCUUAACCUGAGGUACCACUUUAGGUAAUGGGGCCUCCCGCUGCUGCCACGCUGCCAUUGCGUGAUUUCUGUUCUCAUCCUGAAGCAAAGUUCUUAACCUGAGGUACUAUUUCUGUGUUAGCGGAGUCUGUAACUUGAAGUGUCUGUAACCUGAAGCAUCUGUAACCCAAGGUACAGACCUGAGGUAUAAAUUACCAUAUAGCGUAUAUUCAACACAAAAAACAGCGGCAAUUUGUUGUUGACAAUGGACAGCUGGACAUAUAAAGGGCCCCAUUACCUUCAGUAGCUUAGGGCCUCAUCAAACCUAAAUCCGGCCCUGAUACGGGGUGAUAAUAAAACAUUUCACUCUCCACCAGGUGCCUCUCCCAAAGUAUUCAUGGUUCCCUCCACAGCAAUAGUCCUUUGUUGGGCACUUGAAAGCAUGUAACCAGCACUGAUAUAAUUUGUUAUGACAGUCAAAUGUAUUUUUUCACUUAGACAAUUUAUAUCUUGGAGAUGCUCUCGAGCAGUUGUUUGUUUUCUUGGGUGGCUUUUAUUAAUUCUCCUUUUGGUUGCUUUCUGUAUAUUUGUUAAGUCUGUUGCAAUUUAUUCACAAAGCCUACUGAAGAGCCAAGAAAUAUUUUCACCAUUUUCUUUCUUCUCUCUCUCUCUCUUGCUUUCUUUCUCUCUAGGUACAAGGCUGUAGUCCUGGCAGCCAAUCAUUUUGGAAGAUUUUUUACCGGGCAAAUUACCGCAGCUGGAAAAGUUCCUCCGGCAAAGGUGCGAACAGUACAGUGGUACCUCUGGUUGCGAACGGGAUCCGUUCCGGAGCCCCGUUCGCAACUGAGCAGAACGCAACCCGCGUCUGCGUGUUUGCGGGUCGCAAUUCACUGCUUCUGCGCAUGCGUGUGACGUCAUUUUGCCCAGAAGUAACACUUUCUGGCACUUCUUGGUCACAACGGGAGGAAACCUGAAAACGCUCAACCUCAAUUCAAUUCAGUUUGCAUUUAAAGGCAAAUCUAUGAAACUCACUCUGCCCCAAACAAUUUGAGAAAGGAACCAUGGCCACCCUUUGAAACCCACACUCAUGUGAAUUUUGUGAUGCAGUUCAUCAACCAGGCAAUGUUGACAAUAAUGCCUAUAUUAGGGGAAAGCGUGCAUCAAAAUGAACGUGUUGGUGAAAUAACAUACAAAAAUGCAUUAAAUUGUGGGGGGAAUUGCUUGCAAAAAUAGGUACAUUCGUCAAAACUAUGUACAAAGAAUGUCUUUAUUAGGAGGCAUUCUCUUGGUGAAUUUUAUUUUUAUAUAUAUAAUAUUAUUUAUUAAUUUUAAAUUGCAAUAAUCCAAUAAAAGCCACAUUAUCACAAUACCAAAUUACAAUACAAUUUAAAAAGCCAAUUAUUCCAAUACCAAAUUAAACAAUUUUAGGUGACUUCCUGUGUGCCAGAUUUCAGGGUGCAAAGUUCUUAUUUCUUUCUCCUUCCAUAAUUUUGAUUAAUCCAAUUACAACAGUUCUGAUCUUGCUCCUUUGUUUAACAGCCACUGAUUUCUUGACUUUCGUUCAUGAUUGCAUAUCUAAUAAAUUUUAUAGGAGUUUGUAUCCUACAAAUUUCCUGUUUGAGGUGUUCCCUUGAUGAAUUUUCAUGAGGAUUUGAAAAUAAAAAAUUACAAAUCGCUGCAGAAAUGUGGAUAGCUCAAUUUAAUGAGAAAUUGAGAGGACCGUAAUUGACAGAUCCUUCCAACCCUACCUGCUUUCUUGCUAGGCCAAUGAGCGAGCUGGCAAGCAUCUAUGGUUGCACCACCACUGUUGCCUAAGCCAGAGCAAAAGGCAAGUGAACAAGCAGGUUGCAGUGGUGAAGAGGAGAAGCAGCUGCAGGGGGCCCCUUGUCAAUGGGCCCCCUUGUGGAGUGUGGACCCUUGAUCCUAACCCAACCAUGCUGAACUUUGUUGCCAAUCCUGGAUUAGUUAUCACGCCAUGGUUUUCUGUCUUGUAAAAGUUUGCAGUGAGGCUUGAGACUAAUAAGCAGACAGUAUGUUUGCUCAUGGUCUCAUUUCCAAAUAUUCCAUAGAGGAAGAUUUGGGCCAUCACUUUCUUCCUUUAUUCUAAACCAUUUUAUCCUGCUUAAGUGAUGUGUGCUUUGUUCCAAUAGUGCAUCUUUGUUGCUAUUUAUUGCUGUCGUUUUCCUUUCUAGAUAUUAAUCAUUGGUGGUGGUGUAGCUGGCUUAGCUGCAGCCGGAGCAGCUAAAUCCAUGGGAGCCAUUGUUAGGGGAUUUGAUACCAGGUAUAGUAAUAAUAAUAAUAAUAAUAAUAAUAAUAAUUGCUAUUUAUACGCCGCCCAUCUGGCUGGGUUUCCCCAGCCACUCUGGACAGCUCCCAACAGAAUAUUAAAAACACAAUAAAACAUCAGACAUUGAAAACUUCCCUAAAAAGGGCUGCCUUCAGAUGUCUUCUAAAAGUCAGAUAGUUGCUUAUUGCCUUAACAUCUGGUGGGAGGGUGUUCCACAGGGCGGGCGCCACUGCCGAGAAGGCCCUCUGCCUGGUUCCCUUUAACUUGGCUUCUCGCAGCGAGGGAAUCACCAGAAGGCCCUCGGCACUGGACCUCAGUGUCCGGGCUGAACGAUGGGGGUGGAGACACUCCUUUAGGUCUACUGGGCCGAGGCUGUUUAGGGCUUUAAAGGUCAGCACCAACACUUUGAAUUGUGCUCAGAAACGUACUGGGAGCCAAUGUAGGUCUUUCAGGACCGGUGUUAUAGUAACUCAAAUCCUCAGACCGUAAGCUGUUGUGAUUCUUACAGAAACGCAGGGUCUUUAAAGAUUGCUUACGGUGUGCACAUAUUCCUUUCCUGCUUGCAGCCUAUGAUCUUGCCAGUGUACCUACAUCUCUUUGCAAAUAAACCAGUAACUGAGCUUGAUUUAAUAAAAAGCAAAGAUGAAACUCUGAAAUCCACGUUUGGGUUGCAAAAAUGUGGCAAGCUUUUGAGAUCUUCCAGAACUCUUCAUCUGGCGAGAUGUUACACAAAGCAGGGUGUGAGCAGAGCCGUCUUUCCCAGUGGGUUUACUGUGCGUUGGUUCAGGGCACCAGCCUCUCAGGGGCGCCCCAGUGAGUGGGGGAGCUGCACGGCUUUGCCGGCGGCCUCCCCUUUCUGUGAUGGCCUGGGAUUCACUCGGAUGCUGAACCUGAGGGAUCCCAGCCUGCACAGGAUUCCCCGCCUCCAGAACCAGCUGAGCCAGGGCUGGGGCAUGAGCCUGAAGGAUCCUCACCUGUGCUGGAUCCUCAGGUGCAGGCAUCAGCUGAGUCUGCUCUGGCUCCUGAGGUGAUGGAGGACCCAUUGCCUGCAGGUGCUCCACUCUCAGCCCCAUCAGAGGAAGCUGAGGUUGCCUCUGGGUCUGGUAACCCUCCAGCCUCUCCUGAGCUGCAGAGGCUCAGGGCAGAGAGGCGGAGGGAACUAAGUUCCCGCAGGAGGAGUGCUCGCCUCCAGGCCAGGGGAGGCGAGUCACCAGAGGAUCGGGGCCGCCCUAUGCCUUGGGACAGAUAAAAGCCGGCCAGCCCCAGUCCCAAGCUGCGGGAGCAACAUUGUUGGUUGCUAGUUCCUGCCUGAAUCCUGUCCUGUUUUCCUGCCUGAGCUCCUGACCCGCCCUGGCCCCCUGCUUGCAUGCCUGUUCCUGACUUCGCCCGACUCCCUGCCCUGCACCCAGCUUCAGCUACUACGGACUGCCUCCACCUUGCACCUUUGACCACGGACCGGACUUAGACCUUGCCUCUCGGGUAACCCAUGGGACCAGCACACCUUUCCCUCCUGCAAGCCCGUCAGCUGUGCCCCAUCAAUGGCUGUGGGGCAUGCAGCUUCCUUCCCAAGCCUCCGCGGGAGGAGAGCGAUCCCCGCAGAGGCUUGGACAACUUUGGGGAUCAGGGAGUGGGGCGCCGGAGGGAUCUUUGCACCACGGCGCUGGAUAUGCUUAAGACGGCCCUGGGUGUGAGUUCUAGAGAACUUGUCAGCUUACCACAUUUGGUUGGUAUUGCCCAAAUAUGGACUUUGGAGUUCUUCCUUGAAGGACACUCUGCAUUGGCAUGGACAGCUACCUGUUUUUAGUGCAUAUUAGGUUAGCUACCUGUGGCUUUGGGUGGCGCAGUGGGUUAAACCACAGAGCCUAGGACUUGCUGAUCAGAAGGUUGGCGGUUCAAAUCCCCACAAUGGGGUGAGCUCCCGUUGUUCGGUCCCUGCUCCUGCCAACCUAGCAGUUCGAAAGCACGUCAAAGUGCAAGUAGAUAAAUAGGUACCACUCCGGUGGGAAGGUAAACGGCGUUUCCGUGCGCUGCUCUGGUUCGCCAGAAGCGGCUUAGUCAUGCUGGCCACAUGACCCGGAAGCUGUACGCCGGCUCCCUCGGCCAAUAAAGCGAGAUGAGCGCCGCAACCCCAGAGUCGGCCACGACUGGACCUAAUGGUCAGGGCUCCCUUUACCUUUUUACCUGUGGCUUGGAAAAGAUCUGACUCUGCAGUGCCUGUGAAAUUCUCCCCACUUUGCCUGCAGGCCUCCAGCUCUGGAGCAGUUCAAAUCUCUUGGCGCGGAAACGUUAGAAGUGAGCAUUGCUGAAGCGGGAGAAGGCGUCGGAGGGUAUGCGAAAGAGAUGUCCAAGGAAUUUAUCGAGGCGGAAUUGGCCUUAUUUGCCAAACAGUGCAAAGAGGUGGACAUUGUUAUUAGCACUGCCCUUAUUCCAGGUACUGUACAACUUUAUAACGAUUCCAGAUGCCCUUGGCAGAGUGUGCUCCUAAUUAGGAGCCUGCAGAGCCUGUCACCAAGGAGGCAGCCAAGAGGAGGGGCUGUAGCUCCGUUGUAGAGCUUCCCAGUUUGCAUGCUGAAGGUCCCUGGUCCAACCCUUUGCAUCUCCAUGGGGGACUGAGAAGGACUCCCUGCCUGAAACCCUGAAGGGCCACAGUCAAUCAGUGCAGACAACAUUGAGCUAGAUGGACCAGUGGUCUGACUCAAGAUAAGACAGCUUCCUAUGCCAAACAUUCCUCCUCUGAAUUCUUUGUGAAUUGCAUCGUACUUGAUGGGUGGGCAUGUGAUACAAGAUAGCUACCGCUCCAUCAGAUUAUGUGUGAAGAACUUGGGUGUUUUUGUAUUACAGUGGUACCUUGGUUCUCAAACUUAAUCCGUUCUGGAAGUCCGUUCCAAAACCAAAGCGUUCCAAAACCAAGGCGCGCUUUCCCACAGAAAGUAAUGCAAUUUUUUGUUUUGUUUUUGUUGUCUUUUUUAGUUUUCGAAUGUUGAUUUUUGUGUGUUGUGUAUUGUUAUGUGGAAAAUACUAAUAAAAUUCAUUUAUUAAAAAGAAAGAAAGAAAGAAAGAAAGAAAGAAAGAACCGUAAUGCAAAAUGGAUUAACCCGUCCCGGACUUUUAAAAAAAACCCUAAAACAGCAAUUUAACAUGAAUUUUUACUAUCUAACGAGACCAUUGAUCCAUAAAAUGAAAACAAUAAACAAUGUAUUGCAGUCACGCAAUCAAUCAAUCAGUAGCUGAACUCGGUUCUGCACAGUCACGAAAGAAAGAGCUGCGAAAACAAAAACACAAAAUAAAUAGCAAAAACAGACAGAUCUCAGCAUAACACUCAAAACGGAAGUGUGGCACCUCGAAUCAGGAGCGUAACACACAAAAUGGAGCACGUUCGGCUUCCGAAAAAGGUUUGCAAACCAGAACACUUACUUCCAGGUUUGCAGUGUUUGGGUUCCAGGUUGUUUGAGUACCAAGGCGUUUGAGAACCAAGGUACCACUGUACAUGGUACCCAGGUAAUUUAUCCCAGGUAAUUGACAACAGGGACAAAAGGCACUGAGGAAAGAGGAAGCAGAAAAAGGCAUUUCAAAGCCUUAGGUAAAGCGAUAGAAGAGGUCCCAAAUUCCUGCACCUAAUAUUUCAGUAUUAGGCCUUACAAUAAAAAUGAUGCAUGUUUUAUUAUUAUCAUUAUUCAUUUGUUUCAGCCUGCCCUCAACCAAAAUAUCUCAGAGGAGGGUACAUUGAUGGUGAUGAUGAUUAUUUAAUUUCUAUACCGCUUAAUUUAUUAAAAAUCUAUUUCAGUGGUGUACAGAAAAACGAAACAACAGACAACUUAAACAAAAAUUUUACAAAAAUACAUAGUUACAUACGUAUAAAAAGGUUACAUUUAUACAAAGUUACUAAUAUAGAGAGAUCAAUACCAAUUCGUUUUCCUUCUGACACACCCUCCCUCUCAGCCUCUAGGUUUUCACCCAGGGUCCAUAAAAACAUAGCAGCAGAAAGUGCAUUAGCAAACUUCUGAGGAAAAUAUGGGACCAGGAAAAGCUCAGCCUGCAAGAACUACAGAUGAAUCCUCUUUUCAUGCAUGUGUGAGACUAUUAAGGGUCAAGACAGGAGGGUUAUGCGAGUUGUGACCUGGAAAUCAAGUGCAAAUGUACAGAGCCCCCCCUUGAUCUUCACACUAACUCCACCCCCAUAAAAUGCAGGAACAGGCAGAAAUGGUAUCAAACCAAAUCAUUCCAUUAUUGCUUUAUUGUAUGUGGUUUUGUUGGUACCUGCUCAGGCUUUUUUAAAAAUGCUAUGCGCUGUAUUAAAACUGAUGAGAAUCCCCAUAAUUCGUUUCUUUUCUUGCAAAUUGCACCAGGGAAAAAAGCUCCUACCCUGAUUACUAAGAAUAUGGUGGAGUCCAUGAAGGAUGGCUCCGUGAUUGUCGAUCUUGCAGCUGAGGCUGGUGGCAAUGUGGAAACCACCCAACCUGGAGAGCUUCAUAUUCACAAGGUUUGUAGAGGGCCUGUUUGGGACACUUUGUCCUCCUCUUGAUUAAUGAGAUGCCUUGCUUUGUUACAUAUGGGCCCUGCCCUUCUUCCAAGGUUUCCACAGCAUUGGACCUUGGGUUCUCAGGUGGCCCCACAUCCAGAUACAGGCUAAGACCAGAUCUUCUUGACCAUAUUAGAUACUUUCCAGGUUCCUGCUCCUUCAAGAAUAUAGCUAGAGAAAACUAGAAUUGCACUACUGAUCUUCCAAGGAAAUAAGUUGGCCCUGGGCAAAAUUUUCCCCUCCUUCCCAUUGAAACUAUUUUGGUCGUAUUGAUCAAUCUAGCACAGUACAGUUUCCUUCAACUGCCAGCUGCUCUCCAAGAUCAGAAGCCAGCUGAGAUCCUUUUAACUGGAGGUGACGGGGAUUCAUCCUGGCACCUCUGACAUGCAAAUCAGGCGAUGUACCACUGAACUACAGGCCCUUGCCCAUUGCUUAAGUCACACUUGCAUUUUAUGAUGGGGUGGAGAACCUGGGGCCCUCCCAAUGUUGUUGGACUCCAGUUUCCAUUAUCCUUGAACCUCUUCUUCUCUGGUGAUCAUUCGUAGCCAUGUAAGAUUGUCUUCCAUGAACACUGUCUUAGCAGUGAGUCCAUAAGUGACUGUGGAGGCCAAUUCCGGAUCCACAUGUCCUUCCACAGUGGAGACAUAGGUUUCCAGGCAGGAGUUGAUCAUGGUGAGGGUUUGGUAAAGGCUCUUCUCCAAUUGGAGUGCUCACAGGCCAGUGUUUCCCAGUUGUCGGUGUUUAUACUACAUUUUUAAAGAUUUGCCUUGGGAGAGUCUUUGACUCUCUUUUGUUGACCACCAGCAUUACACUUUCUAUUUCGAAGUUCGGAAUAGAGUAGUUGCUUUGGAAGACGAUAGGCAUGACCAUGCUGGGUGGGGCUUAUGGGGGCUCCACCCCUAUGGCAUAUGACUUUCUUCUUUCACUUUCCAUCCCAUUGCAUUUUGAGUAUUAUAAGGGCAUCUUCUCUCUUUUUUUGUUCUUGAAAAAAUGCUUCCCAUACCAUUGUCUAUUAGAGUAAAGCUAAAUGGCUUUUCUUAUACUGUAGAGUCUCCAAAAACUGGGUGGAGAAGUAGUGGGGUGGGUUUUUGUUUUUGCAAAUGUUUGUGUGUGCACUGGCGGAGGAAGAGGAGUGGGGGGGGAGCGCACCGCCCCCGGCAGUGUGAUCCCGGUGGGGUUCCAUCGUGGCUGCCCCCCUACCCAUGCUGGGCGCCCCCCCCCUGCUCUCCACCCCCCCCCCGUGCUGGAGCAUGAAGCUCCGCCACUGUGUGUGUGUGUGUGUGUGUGUGUGUAAAUAAAGUAAAUAUAUUGUCUCCACCAUCCUAGGAAAGGCAGUGGUUUUCUAGUGAUUUCUUACUUCUUCCCAGAGCUUUUACCAGUGUUAUGUAGAGCCGCUAAGAGUCACUGGGGCUUCAUUGUAGGGGAGGAACAUAGAGUCCGUUGUUGGUUCUAAAGCCCUGUAAUAUUUGCCAAGGUGAACAAUGGAAUGAGUGACUUAAGUGCAGCAAAAGGCUUCAGUGGUGUGUCUAGGGAUGAGGGUGGGGGAAUUUGAUUCAGUUUAAAAGUGAACUUACCUAAUUUGCCCCUUUCAAAACAGUGUGUAAACUAAAACACAACCAACCUUUCAAAUUCACAUUUUUCUUAUUUUUUCAGUGCAGUUCUCCAGUCAAACAGCGUAUAAAAAAAAUGCAUGUGCUUGGAUAAGUUGUGCAUAAAAAUGCAUGAAAAUAACAUGCAGAAUAUAUGAUAGAGUAAGGAAAAUUCCUCUUCAGAAAUAUUAGACAAAAUUGCAUAAAACAUGUGUUUUAAAAGAAAUGUGCACUAAAAUGCUGAUGGAUUUUAAUGAGGACUCCCUUUUUUAAAAGUGGUGUUGUAUCCAACUAAGUCCCACUCAGAGCAGACCCACUGAAGAAGUAGGGCCGAGUCAGUCAUGUCCAUUAAUUUAAAUAGGUCUACUCUGAGUAGGACUAGCAUUGGAAACAACCUAUCCAUGAGAGUGCAUUGCUCUUGUGAUAGGAAUUUUGAGGUCUUAGAUAUAUGGUAAUGUUUAUAAGUGUACCAACCAAGCACGUACAUAGAUCAGCACAGGAAGACCGACCUGGAACCAUUUUGAUUCCUAAACUGAGCAAAUGUUUUCUCUGCAAGGUCAAAGUGGGAAACCUCCCCAUUGUUUCUUUCCUCACAAUUCCUGUCUCAAGGGCACAUUUAAGAUAUGAGUAGGGUGUGAGCCUGUGACCUGGCCCAGGAACUAAGUAUUUAUCAUUACAAAAGACUGGCCAGGCUACCCAGGCAAUCCAAUCAAGUAACCUGCCAGACAGGAGAAAAACAACAUUCAAAUUUCUGUUUAGACCGCCUUUUUUGUGAUGUAGGUAUGAUGUAUCUGGGGAGUGGUCUUAGGUUACACCCCUUCUGUGAUGUAUGUAUGAUGUUUCUGGGGGUGGUCUUGAUCUACAGGGUGGCAAUUUCAAAAGUCUUUAUAAGGCCUUGCGUGCCAUUGUUCUGGGUUCCUCCUCCUCUCCUGCAACAGAUCAAUAAAGAUCAAGCUUACUAGCUGCUUUGCUUUUCAAUACUCUCUGGUUGGCCUCUGUUAUCUUCUCCUACCAAUAGGGAACCUAUGUAAGGACUCUAUAUGGGCUCUUGGAUACCCCAUAAGAGAAAAGGGCAACUUUUGUUUACAACACUCUUCAGAGGACCACACAUUCACGGUGACCCAUAAUUAAGAGGCAUACAUUCCCUACUUCCAUGUCUGGCUGCCAGUCCAAACCAGGCAGACAGAACCGUAAAGGGCUAAAGAAUACCAAUCAAUAUCCAGAUUUUCAAACCAAACAAGGUAUUUCACAGGUGGGGGAUUUGCAGCACAAGUAUGUACCCAGCCUACAAUGUAUGGGCAUUUAUUUCACAGUACCGUACCCAACAUAACUGGUGUUUUGCUAGUGAAUAAAAGGCUCUGAACUCACUAUGCACUUAAAGUCAAAACUUGCACACUCCUUAAAAAACCUAGAAUCAGAAUGUUCAGGUUUUCUUUUUCAUUUAUUUUCUUUUUGAAACAAUGGCAAGGGGAUAGUUAUAAUAUUUUCUCACUAAAUGUAUUUGCUUACAAAUUUCUCAGGACUAAUUGGAGUGCAAUUAAUCUGCAAAGUACAUCUCGUAACCAUGAUAGCAUCGGGCAACUAAGAGGUGUUUUCAAACCUUUAAAAUGCAUUUUGCUUUUUCAUUCUUGAAAUAAGCACCAUAUGACUGUAUAGCUCAUUCCCUGAAUGGCCUCCCAGCUUGUUCAGUCAUUGGCUCCCGGUCAAAAGUAAAGCCUUUCCUUUCCCCUAAGCAUCAACACAAGCCAUUCGUUUUAAAAAGGAGAAACCACUUAACUUGUAAAAUGAAGUGUCAGAAAAUCCACAGACAUGUGCAAGGUUUGAUUUAAAUCAUUCAAGAAGGCAUUUGGGCAUAUAAGUGGUAGAUAAAUAAAUAAAUUUGCUGUUGAUUCUGAAAGGUGCACCAGGUUUGGGCAAACUGCAUGAGGAAAGUUUCGAGACAAUGCAUGAGAAACACUUUAGGAAAAAUAAUAAUGCUUGUUUAUUUCGUUUCCCCCAGGGCGUGGUACAUAUUGGUUACACAGACCUGCCAAGUCGCAUGGCUACUCAGGCCAGUAGCCUUUAUUCAAACAACAUCUUGAAGUUAUUAAAAGCUAUUUCUCCCGACAAAGAAUACUUUUACUUUGAGCCAAAGGAUGAUUUUGAUUAUGGGACUAUUGAUCAUGUAAUUAGAGGGACUAUGGUAAUGAAGGUGAGAUUCUCCCCACCCUCCCCCUUCCCAAAAUACUUCAAUUAACAGUUUAACAAAUGCAUGCAGAAACCCAGUGAAACCCAGACUCCUAAGGAAUAAAGGGGGAGUAUCCAAAUGCACAAGAUAAAGAUAAUUUAAGAGUUGCCACUGCUGAUUCUUUGCUUGAGGCAUGAGUCUGGCUUUGCACCUGCAAGAGCAGCCAAUAUUGAACCCUCCAAGUGUGGUUGGGCUACAGACCCCAUCAGACCCAGCCUGCAGCACCAGUGAUCUAGGAUGAUGGGAGUUGUAGUUCAACAACAUCUGUAGGGCACCACUUUGGGCCGCAGGUGGUGCUGUGGUCUAAACCACUGAGCCUCUUGGGCUUGCUGAUCGGAAGGUUAGUGGUUCAAAUCCCCGCGAUGGAGGGAGCUCCCGUUGCUCUGUCCCAGCUCCUGCCAGCUUAGCAGUUUGAAAGCACGCCAGUGCAAGUAGAUAAAUAGGUACCACUGUGGCGGGAAGGUAAAUGGCAUUUCCGUGUGCUCUGGCUUCCGUCACGGUGUCCCAUUGUGCCAGAAGUGGUUUAGUCCUGCUGGCCACAUGACUCGGAAAGCUGUCUGUGGACAAACGCCAGCUCCCUUGGCCUGAAAGCGAGAUGAGCGCUGCAACCCCAUAGUCGCCUUUGAUUGGACUUAACUGUCCAGGGGUCCUUUACCUUUACCUUACCUGUGCAACAGAGAUUCCACCUGUUAUCUUAUGACUGUAUCCUAAUGAGAGUCUUUCCCUGCUACAGGAAGGGAAAAAAAUAUUUCCUGCACCUUUGCCCAAAACCGUACCACCUGCUGCCCCAGCUAAGCAAAAAACCGUCCUGGAGCUAGAAGCAGAAAAACAAGCUUCCAUCUCGCCAUUUAGAAAGACCAUGACGUCAGCAGGAGUUUAUACGACAGGUAUUUCAUCUUUUAAAAAUUGUAUAAGACGCAUUCCCUACACAUGUUGGGGAAAGUAGCCUUGCACCUGCCUUUUCUACCAACCGUGGGUACAUCUGUAACAUCAGAAACUGGAUAUAACAUUUGCACUGGAUUUGCACCUGUAGGCCCAAAGCAGAGGGCAAUUUCCCAGAUUUUAUGUGAUUUUAAUGUGCGGCAGCCUCACCAAUAAGCCGAGUGUAGCAGCCGGCUUCAGGCAGCUGACUUUGGUUGGCAUGCAGCGGCAGCAAAUUAUUCAUUGAUUUAUUAUUAUCAUUAGUUGUUUUAGUGCCAGGGAGGGGAAGAGGGGAUUGGGUAGUAUGUACCUUGACUGUGGGGUGCCAUUUGCUGUCCCCCCUCCCCAACAAGGCAGCAAUAUUUCUUGGUCUGGUCCUCCUGAUAGCAACUUACGCAUGUAGUGCCUAUCUAAAAGUUGCACCUUAAUCCCAGAGUGCAUUUACUAAGCAGCUGGGGUGGGCAGCAGUGUGAUGUUUUGCUGCCAUAUAUAUAGGAGGGACGCAGGUGACGCUGUGGGUUAAACUUGCCGAUCAGAAGGUCAGCAGUUCGAAUCCCUCUGAUGGGGUGAGCUCCCUUUGCUUGGUCCCUGCUGCUGCCAAGCUAGCAGUUCAAAAGCAUGUCAAAGUGCAAGUAGAUAAAUAGGUACCACUCUGGCGGGAAGGUAAACGGCAUUUCCGUGCGCUGCUCUGGUUCGCCAGAAGCGGCUUAGUCCUGCUGGCCACAUGACCCAGAAGCUGUACACCAGCUCCUUUGGCCAAUAAAGCGAGAUGAGCGCCGCAACUCCAGAGUCGGUCACGACCCUUUACCUUUUUAUGGGGACAAUGUGGGGACUAAAGUUUUCCUCGGACUGGGAUUUGUCAGGCUGCAUAUGCAGCUCUGUACGUUUUCCAGUUUCCUCCAUGGGGAGGAAAAAACCCACACAUUGAUGAGCAUAGAAAAGUAAUAUGUUAAGGAGAUGAGUUCUUCCUUCUUCCUGAGACAUGCAGGGACUAUUUUAAUGGACAGCAUUCAGAUCUGCAGCUUGCUGUGGUUACAGGCCCCAAAAAGCUUUACCAUUUUGACAUAAGUUAUGCAAUCCCAGUGUAAGCCCUGAAUAACCAGACUAUUCACUUAGAAUUGGAAAACAGACAAUUGGCUGGUUGGCCAGGUCAGGUUUCCACCAUCAGCAAAGGAUAAAACAGACAGAGAAGGUCAACACAGUUUCUCUCAUCAGGUAAUGCUGAAGAGCCUGUGUGGUCUGCUGUAUAUUUUAACCAUUUUCAGAUGCUCUUACGAAGCGAGAAAAGAAGUCAAUGGAGAAAUUAGUGCUGUUUUUUUCAUUUCGCUCUUCUGGGUGCUCUAUCAUUUGAUGAUUCGUUCAAACAAAAUACUUAGCAUCUCAGAAUAUGGCAUUUCCGUUCCUGGACGACAAAGUGUUCUGGAACAGGCAACUUGGCGAAGUGAACUCUAUCCCAGGCAGGUCUCCCUUUUCUGGCAAAAGCAGAGAAUGCAAGUUAUGCCUAUAAAACCCUAUUUCAGAAGGCUGUUCCUGCUCCUGUUCUUAUUGUUGUCAAGGUCAAAAUGUCAAUGAGUAUGGGUGUGGGCUGAUGAUCUGGGUUUACUUGAAAGAAAAAUGCAUUUUUGAUUUGAUGCCUUUCUGUUUAGGCCUAACAACGGUUUUAGGGCUGGGCCUCAUUUCUCCUAAUGCCGCUUUUACGCAAAUGGUUACCACCUUUGGGCUUGCUGGAAUCGUUGGCUACCAUACUGUUUGGGGUGUGACGCCUGCUCUUCACUCACCCCUCAUGUCAGUAACUAAUGCAAUUUCUGGUAAGUCUUGACUCUUGUACACUUUGCCUUGUUUCAUGUGAUGAUUACCAUAGAGCAGGCUCACUUAUAAGAAAAUUCAGAAUGAAUGCGCUUUUUCAGAUUUGAGGAAAGCCCGUCCCAAAAUAAGUGGCAGCCAUGGUGGAUUGGCUUCCAUAUUUUCUCUCAUUGUUGGGAAAUUACUUGAUACAAUAGCAAAGAUACCCAAAGACUGCUCAUUGGCUGAAGUUAUCAAAUGCAGCCAUCAUUUGGGGAAACCCAACCAAAGUAUUAUUAUUAUUAUUAUUAUUAUUAUUAUCUGAGAACACUGUAAUGUAGGAUUUCAUCAGAAGCUAUAGGACUUGAUUGUCCAUGCAUUACAUCAAUCCAAGUGGCCAAUCCAAGUGUGGCUUAAUAUUUCUGUGGAAAGCCAGCAAUGUCCAUCAAGUGAAGUACACAUGCUCUAAAUGCUCUUUGAAAACAGUUCCUGCUUGUUCUGCAUAGCAGCACAUACUGAAGACCAUUUUUUCUCCCAUUCUGCCUUAAGAUCUGCAACUGAGGCCCUACUCGUGAGUGUGACAGGGCCUUCUCUGCAGUAGCACCCCAUCUCUGGAAUGACCCUCCACACCUUGGAAAUGCACCUAGCACUGACAUUGCUGACAUUUGUCAUCAUGCAUCUCUUUGCUCAGGCCAUUGGGAAAGGAAUGAGAACUGUAAAAAGCCACUCAGCUUGCUGCUAGUUGAUUGGGUGUAUUUUAAUCAUGCUUUAUGAUGUUUUGACACGGUUUUUGUUUUACAGGUUUGUUGUUUUAUUGCUGUAUUCCAACCUGGGUCCAGUUGGUAAAGGUCGAGUUAGAAAUACAAUCCAUCCAUCCAUACCAACCACAGGGUUCUUUGACAUUGCUGAGGGACAGUUUUAUAUAGCCAGCUAGUUUUCCCUGGACUGUGUUAUUUCAGUCUGCAGAGUGAAAGGUUUGAAUGCCCUUUUCCAAAUGAAGAAGAACAAGACUCCCUUCACAGAGAAAUCUAGCACAUCAGAAAGAUUUGUGUGAACCAUUCUUCCAGCUAGUUUUCUAGCAGAAAGUUUUUUUCACAUCUGUGGUCAAGUAUUCAGAUAUGUCAUCCCUCACCUGCAGAUUUAUGGCAAGAGGUCAUGGAAAAAUGCUGCCAUUUGAUAUUAGACUUGUCUUUUUACUUUGACGUAGCAAUCUCCUUAUGGUCCAGAAUCUGAACUUGGCCUGGAAGCCAGUGCAGGUGCUGUUGAAACUGAUCCUACUUUGGGAUAGUAACUUUACAAUCUUUGCCGUUUUAUUUCUCUGUAAGAAGCCAGCCCUUGAUAAGCAAUUUCUUAUAAUUAACAAUGGGCAGUGUGGAUUUAGCAAUUUUUAUAGCUCAACAAGCUCUGACGUCCUUGCACUGUCAGUAGAAGCUUCUGUCCCGGCCCUUGAGGUGGUUUUCUUUUUAGUCUGCUUGCUCAGAAGAGGAGCAGAAUGAUGUUGACAUUUUGAAUAAUCACCAUAUUCAACCACAACAGGAAACAUCUGCUGGAUAAUUCAAAGAUUUAGAAAAAAAGUUUACUAAUUACACAUUCCUUAGUUAUGUUAUAAAGUCUAAACCUGUUCUGUUUUUCCUUUAGGACUUACUGCUGUUGGCGGUUUGGUGCUGAUGGGGGGCUCAUAUUUUCCUUCCAGCGUACCACAGACAUUAGCUUUACUGGCUGCGUUUGUUUCAUCUGUCAAUAUCGCAGGUACAAAUUUACUAAUGUAAAUAAUAUUUUUAUUUUUUAUUUAUUUAUACCCCGCCCAUCUGACUGGGUUUCCCCAGCCACUCUGGGCGGCUCCCAACAUAAUAUUAAAAACAUCAAAUAUUUUAAAAUUCCCUAACCAGGGCUGCCUUCAGAUGUCUUCUAAAAGUCAGAUAGUUGUUUAUUUCCUUGACAUCUGAUGGGAGGGCAUUCCACAGGGCAGACGCCACCACUGAGAAGGCCCUCUGCCUGGUUCCCUGUAACAUCUCUUCUCACAGUGAGGGAACCACCAGAAGGCCCUCGGCGCUGGAUCUCAGUGUCCGGGCUCAAUGAUGGGGAUGGAAACGCUCCUUCAGGUAUACUGGGCCGAAGCCGUAUAGGGCUUUAAAGGUCAGCACCAACACUUUGAAUUGUGCUCGGAAAUAUACUGGGAGCCAAUGUAGGUCUUUCAAGACCGGUGUUUUGUGGUCUCGGUGGCCACUCCCAGUCACCAGUCUAGCUGCCGCAUUCUGGAUCAGUUGUAGUUUCCGGGUCACCUUCAAAGGUAGCCCAACGUAGAGUGCAUGGCAGUAGUCCAAGCAGGAGAUAACUCAGUCACCAUCCCAGGACAGGUGGAAUGCACUUUGGGGGAUUCCCCUGGCUCCCUGUGUAGCUGGCUGGAGUUCCCGCCAGCUCCUGCUCUUUAAAUUGGCCAAUGAGAGGCCUGCUCUGUAGGGUGUGCUUCACUGGCUGAAAGGACAUUGGCUGCCAAAGAGGCAUAAUAAGCAGAAUCACCUUCCGCCCUCAGUGCAGUUGGCGGAAGAGCACUACCUACUUAUUUAACAGCUCUCAGGACUGCCCCAAUUUUUUUUCUGCUUGAAGCAAAGCAGAAAAAAUUACCCAGUUAUUUUGGCACCUGAGGCAGAGGAUCCCACAAGCACCUGCCCCCCUCCUUGGCAGUAAAAAUGUAAUAAUAAUAAGUUGAAUGACUUAAAAUUUGAUGGAGUCUUAGUCUUUAAUCUGGGUAACUUUAUCACAGCUAGCGAUGGAGGAGAAAUCCAGUUUGUAUUUCAACAUGAUGCUACCCACUUUCUGAAACUAUCAGAACUGAAACUCAGCCAGCCUUCAAAAUUUGCCCUUCCCUGAAUUUUGCAAUGUGGUUCUUCAGCCAAGUAAGAUGUAGAAAAAUGUGCACACUAGGGUAAAGUGUGCAUCCAAAUGCAUAUAUUAAUGAAAAUUUCAUACAAGAAUGCAUUAUAUUGUGAAAAACUGCUUUGCAAAAGUGAGUAUAUUAGAAAAAAAUUCAUACAAACGUAUGUAUAUUGGGAGAAAUUUACACUAAGAUGCUAAUGAAUUUUCAUGAGAGCUUUUUUUUUUUUAAUGAAAACAGUUGUGGAAAUGUAGUGAAUUGAAUUUAAGCCUGGAAAAUUGAGAAACAGAGAAAAAGGAAAUAUAGGGCUCUAACUGUUUCUUCAUUUUCAUUCUAAAAAUCCAUGUUCCUUUUUUCCCCAACAGGUGGCUUCUUAAUUACCCAGCGAAUGCUGGAUAUGUUUAAACGACCAACAGAUCCACCAGAAUAUAAUUAUCUUUAUCUCCUCCCUGGAGGGGUGUUUGUUGGAGGAUAUGGUGCUUCUCUUCUCAGUGGACACAGCAUUGAGCAGGUCAGAAAUCAUUUCUAAUUUUUACCAUCCAUUUGCGUAGAUUGUCUUAGCAGAGAUGGUAAGCAAGCAAAAUCAGUGCUUAUGAGCUACUCUUAAGCAAAGCCAGAUCUAGAUUAAGGUGAUAAGAAGCAUGCACGACGUAUUGUAGCAGCAUAAAUAUACCAUAAAGUCAUCAAAAAAAUUAACUAAAAUUAAAGUAAUAAAUGCAUUGAAAUCAAAGGGGAAAUCUUCACACACAAAUCAUUCACUACAGUCAUUUUUUCAAAGAGAUAUUUUCUGGUUUUGACAGUGAUGACAUCUACGAUGUCUUACCUCUAAGGGGCUCAGGGUGGCAUUAAUAAUAAUAGUAAUAGUAACAACAACAACAACAACAAUAUAUAACACAAGUCCUGAAAGGCCUACAUUGGCUCUCAGUACGUUUCCGAGCACAAUUCAAAGUGUUGGUGCUGACCUUUAAAGCUCUAAAUGGCCUCAGCCCAAUUUAGAUGGGAAACCCAGCCAGAUAGGAAGCAUAGAAAUAAUAAGUUAUUAUAAUAUUAUUAUUAUACCUGAAGGAGCGUCUCCACCCACAUUGUUCAGCCUGGAUACGGAGGUCCAGCUCCCAGGGCCUUCUGGCGGUUCCCUCCCUGUGAGAAGUGAGGUUACAGGGAACCAGGCAGAGGGCCUUCUCAGUAGUGGCACCCAUCCUGUGGAACACCCUCCCAUCAGAUGUCAAGGAAAUAAACAACUAUCUGACAUUUAGAACAGAUCUGAAGGCAGCCCUGUUUAGGGAAUGUUUUAAUGUUUGAUUCUAUUUUUAAUAUUCUGUUCGGAGCAGCCCAGAGUGGCUGAGGAAACCCAGCCAGAUGGGUGAGUAUUAAUAAUAAUAAUAAUAAUUUAUAUUUAUACCCCACCCAUCUGGCUGGGUUUUCCCAGCCAGAUGGGUGGCUCUCAAUAGAAUAUUAAAAACACGAUAAAACGUCAAAAAUUAAAAACUUCCCUAACCAGGGCUGCCUUCAGAUGUUUUCUAAAAGUCAGAUAGUUGUUUAUUUCCUUGACAUCUGAUGGGAGGGAGUUCCAGAGGGCAGGCGCCACCACCAAGAAGGCCCUCUGCCUGGUUUUCCCUCUCCCUUGUCUUUACAAUUUGGUUUGCCAUUUCCCAGAGGAACAAGAACAGAAAAAAAUUAAACAUGGUGUCAGUUUUCAGCCUGCAUUUUCAUUUACUUUAAACAAGAAUGCGGGCAAAUGGGGUGAUAUGUUUUAUUUUUUGGACUCCCUUACGUUCAAAACAAAGCAGGUGAACAAAAUCAUAUUUGAACAGAAAACUGACAAAUGCUCUGGAACAUUGGUCACACAACAGGUAUAAAACACUGGCUUUUUUUACCAACAGCUGUAUAGGGGGAAUCCAUUAUUUGAUAUUGCUUAAGAAAAUACCUAUACCUGUUGCUUAGAUUAUGUAGGGUGGCCCAUUGUUCUUUCCAUCAAAUAAAAGACAAAACCGAGCUGUUCAAUAAAAAGUCUAUUCUUUUAUUCAAUCUCCAGAAGUGUCUACUGAGCCAAAGCUUAAUUGUAGACUAGAACAGAUGUUGGCAAAUUAUUUUCAAGAUUCAGAGCAGCGAAUUGCCAUGCAGCCCCUUUUAGAAGUGCAUUGUACCGUGCAACAAAUACUGAGGAGAAAUUGCAUCUACACUUUACACUAAUAUUCUACUGCCAAAUUAAUAUACAGUGGUACCUCAGGUUACAGACGCUUCAGGUUACAGACUCCGCUAACACAGAAAUAAUACCUCUGGUAAAGAACUUUGCUUCAGGAUGAGAGCAGAAAUUGUGCUCCGGUGGCACGGCGGCAGCAGGAGGCCCCAUUAGCUAAAGUGGUGCUUCAGGUUAAGAACAGUUUCAGGUUAAGAACGGACCUCCAGAAUGAAUUAAGUUCUUAACCCGAGGUACCAAUCUUAUGGAUUAUCUCACUUCAUAUGUAUCCUGCUCUUCCUCUAAAGAGGUCAGUGCAGAAUCUGUAGCAGAUUUAAAGAUGUUUUGAAAACAAAUACUAGGAAAGAUCAAUGGAAUAGAAAUAGAAAUAUUGUUUGAUCCUAUUUGAAUGUCAGAUGUCAAGGAGAUAAAGAACUAUCCAACUUUUAGAAGACACCUGAAGGCAACCCUGUAUAAGGAAGUUUUUAAUGUUUGAAGUUUUAUCGUGUUUUUCUAAUAUUCUGUUGGGCGCUGUCCAGAGUGGCUGGGGAAACCCAGCCAGAUAAGUGGGGUACAAAUUAUUAUUAUUAUUAUUAUUAUUAUUAUUAUUAUUACUACUACUACUACUACUACUUCCAGAAAAAUGAGAACAGGAGAACUUUGCUAGAACAGGCCAAAAGACCACAUGGUCCACAUACUCUUCUCAUAAAAAGGAAAAACAGUUAAUAUAUUAUUUAAUGAUAGCAGCAAAGGUACUGGUGGCCUGGCAUUGGAAAACAGAGGAAUUUACCAACAGUAAGAGACUGGGAGUCAAAAUGCUGGACUUAAACUCAAUCUGCAAGAUUAAGUUAAAUCUGCAAAAUUAACCAAAUUGGAGAGAAUAGAAUAAGAGCAGAAUUUAACUGCAUUAAAUUAAUGAACAUUUCUAUUCAACAUAUUAUUAAACUAAAAGUACAGUUGGUUACAAAAGUAAGUUAAAAUUGGGCAGUAUAAAGAUAUGAGAGGUGUCAUGUUUUGUAUUUUGGCCUGUCUAUUUCAUACAGUUUGUAUAGUUUGAUCAGAAAUUUAAAAAUCAACAUCUUAAUCGCUAUAUACCAAAAGAUAAAACAUUUACGUUAUUCCUGUUGUAGAAUCAUAGAAGUGUAGAUUUGAAAAGGGUCAACCCACUGCAUUGCAAAAAUCACAGUUUAUAGUUAUUAUUAUUCUUAGACUUCUUAGAUGCUUGUUACCCAAAGGUCUCAAAGCAACUUUCAGCACAUUUGAAAACAUAAACAUAAAUACAUUAUAACUUUUUUAAAAGUAUACGUCAGUUACUUAUUUUAACUUUUCCUUUUAGAGAGAAGAAAGGCAUAUUCUGUACACUAUGAGCUAGUCAUCUGUUUUUAUGAUGACACAAAAAACACCUUUCAUAUUUCUGGAAAUGCAGACAGGAUAAAAGAAGUCUGUGUUAGCCUUGGUUAAAUAAGGGUGGAAUGACUAGAUUAUUCUAAUUGGGUUCUGCUGUGUGACUUUAAUGAACAUUGUUGGGGAAGGGGAAAUUUAGUAACACAUUUUUUUUCUUCUUCCCUAAAGAUUACAUUGAACAUUUGUGAUUAGCAGUGGGGGAAAUAGCAUAUGCUUUUCAAACAUAAGGAGAACACCACAUGUUCUAUAUAAAUGCAUUGUCAUACAGGGAUUUCAAAGCAUUUUGGUGUAUCAAAACACUAAAAAAAUCAAAGUGAGAGGAAAAUCUGACGGAAUGAUCUCACAAAGCUGGCAUCUUUAAAAUGUGUUUGAACUAGUGAUCUGUAACUCUUCCACACAUAAGAACAAUGGCUGAAACUUAAAAAAAGAAAACUUGGCAUAGAAGAAACUGAAUAAAUCUAGCAAGGAUGGUUAUACCAAUAAACCAUAAUCUUGAGCUACUCAGUUCUUCCCUUGUUAUACACCUCUGGAAGAAUGUGAUAAGAGCUAAGGGUUGUAUUCAGUGCUAGUCCUACUCAGUGCAGAGCCACUAGAAUUAAUGAUCAUGGCUAAUACAUGGAGGAUAUAGCUAUGUUGCGUGGCAAGUGAAAUGAAGACACUGGACACAUUAUUUAAGGUUAAUGGGCAUAAAAGGCCACAACUUUAUUGAUUACAGGAAUAGGAAGGUAUUGGCCUUAGGCAUUGGCUCCUAUCGACUACCCGGCGUGGAGACCGGGAAGGGUUAUCCACCAGCCGUGGGAGUCCUGUUGAAGUACGCCAACUAGGAUCCCACGGGUGUCACCGCUCGGGGGCAUGCCGUGGGCCCUCACCUCCUUAGGUUUCGGACAGGGCAACACCCCCCAGAGUCCUCUACCGGACUACCCUUUUCAUUGGGGAAGGUGAUGGCGCUUCUUUCCCCCCUUCAUUUGCAUAACAAUUACCCCUGCCAAUGCCUAACCACCAAUACCGAGGAAGUUGUGACGUUUGCUACAAGGUAGGCGAAAAAACCAAAUGGCUGGAAGGUCAAAGCUAGCUAAGCCUAAAGGGUGGGUGGGAUGGGAAAACCGGGCAGCUGGAACGGGGCAAAGAGGGCGGUCCCCGGGCACGCCGGCCUUAAAUGGGCUAGGCCAUGCCUCCCCGGCCCGCCGAUUGGCGGGCCGGGUUGUAGGCACGCCCGGGGAUUCCCUCGUUCUCACGGGGGCUAAGAGCCAGCCCCUGCGUGAGUGGGAGGGGUGGGCCCGCAACCCCACCUCCUCUCCAGCUCGGAAGUGGCUUUCUAUCACACUCAGAGAAAGAAUGUCUUCAGUUGGUGGGAAUUGUGAGAUGCCAAGCGUGCUGUUGCACCGGGGUCCUGCUUACAAACUUCCCAAAGAUUGGACCCUUUGAGAAGAGUAUGGUAGACCACGUGGCCUUUGGGCCUGAUCUAGCAAAGUUCUCCUGUUCUCAUUUUUCUGGAAGUAAUAAUAAAAUAACCAUAAUUUAUUAUUUAUACCCCACCUAUCUGGCGGGGUUUCCCCAGCCACUCUGGGCUGCUCCCAACAGAACAUUAAAAACACAAUAAAACGUCAUACAAUAAAAACUUCCCUAAACAGGGCUGCCUUCAGGUGUCUUCUAAAAGUCAGAAAGUUGUUUAUUUCCUUGACAUCAGAUGGGAGGGCGUUCUACAGGACAGGCGUCAGUACUGAGAAGGCCCUCUGUCUGGUUCCCUGUAACCUCACUUCUCGCAGUGUGGGAACCGCCAGAAGGCCCUUGGAGCUGGACCUCAGUGUCCGAGCUGAAUGAUGGGGCUGGAGAUGUUCCUUCAGGUAUACUGGACCAAGGCCAUUGAGGGCUUUAAAGGUCAGCACCAACACUUUGAAUUGUGUUCGGAAAUGCACUGGGAGCCAAAGCAGAUCUCUCAGGACCGGUGUUAUGUGGUCUCGGCGGCCGCUCCCAGUCACCAGUCUGGCUGUCGCAUUCUGGAUUAAUUGCAGUUUCUGGGUCACCUUCAAAGGUAGCCCCACGUAGAGUGCAUUGCAGUAGUCCAAGCAGGAGAUAACUAGAGCAUUCACCACUCUGGUGAGACAGUGCGUGGGCAGGUAGGCCUCAGCCUGCAUACCAGAUGGAGCUGGUAGGCACCAACCUCAUUCCUGAUGCUCCUUUAGUUAAAAAAUAAUCUCAUACUACAGCUGCCUUUCCUUUUGCUCACACCAAACAAGUCACAUACUCGUUUACAGCUUGCUGUGCAGAAGGCUUUGUGGUAAGUGGGAUGUCAGUCCCAGAUUUAAGAACUAUCAUGGUUUUCUUUCAUUCACUGCUUUGGGUGAUCUCUGUUUUCGUCUCCCUCAGAUGAUGUAUCUGGGCUCAGGUCUUUGCUGUGUAGGUGCGCUAGCCGGGUUGUCCAGUCAGAGCACCUCUAGACUUGGCAAUGCUCUAGGAAUGAUUGGGGUUGCUGGCGGCAUAGCAGCUACGUUCGGUGCUCUGAAACCAUCCCCCGAAGUGCUGGCCCAGAUGUCUAUGGCCAUGGCUAUGGGUGGAACCAUGGGUGAGUACUGUCCGUUGUACUAACUAAACCAUGGGUAGGCAACCUAAGGCCUGGGGGCCGGAUGCGGCCCAAUCGCCUUCUCAGUCCGGCCCGCGGAUGUCAGGGAAUCAAUGUGUUUUUACAUGUGUAGAAUGUAUCCUUUAUUUAACAUGCAUCUCUGGGUUAUUUGUGGGGCCUGCCUGGUGGUUUUACAUGCGUAGAAUGUGUGCUUUUGUUUAAAAUGCAUCUCUGGGUUAUUUGUGGGGCAUAGGAAUUUGUUCAUUUCCCCCAAAAAAAUAUAGUCCAGCCACCCACAAGGUCUGAGGGACAGUGGACCGGCCCCCUGCUGAAAAGGUUUGCUGACCCCUGAACUAAACUAUUGAACUUAAGCAGGAAGCACCUGGUGCUUCUUGGAAGCACUCCUGCAAUGAGAAAGUCAUUUGCAGUGAACAAGCUACCAAAGAACGGCUUUCUGGCCACUGCUGUUCUUCCCCUCCAAUGUGCAGAUACAAGGGAAUAUUGUUUUACUGUUUGCUGUGUUUUCUAGGUAAAGGUAAAAGGUAAAGGACCCCUGGAUGGUUAAGUCCAGUCAAAGGCGACUAUGGGGUGCAGAACUGCUGACCUUCCAAUCAGCAAGCCCAAGAAGCUCAGUGAUUUAGACUACAACACAGUGUUCUAGGACAUGUUUUCAUUUAAUUCAGGGCAUUUGCAAGCCCCAACAAGCUGACCUUAAUUAUGUGCUUCUUAGAUCAUUCAUGGAUGGAUGGAUGGAUGGAUGGAUGGAUGGAGUAGAAAGAUAAUUGCACCAGCCGUUGGAAUUUAUGUACAAAGCAGUAGAUGUUGGUCCAUUAGGGUGAAUUGGACACUGCCCCACAAAUUUCAGAGGUCCUUCCUCUGCACCUUUCUGAACACACCCAUUAUUCUGUUUAAAAGUGCUGUUGGGCUGCCAUAAUAACACACAUCUGUAUGGAACAAGUAGUUUGGGAAUGUGGUUCCUUACCCUGCAACCAUCAGCUGCCCAGGAGGCUCGGGGACUUUGCUUCAGGAUGAGAGCAGAAAUUGUUCUCCGGUGGCACGGCGGCAGCAGGAGGCCCCAUUAGCUAAAGUGAUGCUUCAGGUUAAGAACAGUUUCAGGUUAAGUACGGACCUCCAGAACGAAUUAAGUACUUAACCCAAGGUACCAAUGUAUUUUUUGAACUAGUUGACAAAAAGUGACUAGGUGUGAUUAUUUCCAAAGAAAAAUCCACAAGUUGAUUCUUCUUACUGGUUUAUGGGGCCCCUGUAUGCUGCUCUGAUCUACUGUAAAAGAUAAAGGGUAAAGGGACCCCUGACUGUUAGGUCCAGUCGCGAACGACUCUGGGGUUGUGGCACUCAUCUUGCUUUACUGGCCGAGGGAGCCGUACCGGAUGUCAAUGCCUUUAUGAAAAUUUGAACUAUUGCUACGGCAGGUAAUAUGAAGACCUCACUGCCAAGGCAUCAGUGAUCCAUCAGUCAGUGUGUUAAGCAUCUUUUGGGACUUAAGAGGUAUAUUUAACUCCAAAAGGUGGCAGUCUUGACUAAGAGGGAAAAUGACAAAAUAGAGAAGCAAGAUGUUUUAAACAUAGGGGGCAUUUCCUCUGGAGCCAAAUUUGCAGCCAGUUGCUAUGAAACAAAGUAGUUUUUGUGACACUGGUGUUUAUGAAUUUUUGUUAUGCUACUUUCUCAAAGUCUGUUUGGCCCCCACAAGGCCAGGCAUCCCCCAAGCAUAUCCAUUCUAAAUUGUAAAAUCAGCUUGCAUGUUUUUGUUUUUUUAAAAAAAUAGUUUUGUGAAUAAUCCCUCAGUGAACAUAAAUGGAGGACAAAAUAAUGAGAACCUAUUCUGUACCCACAAAACCCAAGUUCUUGGAAAUGUCCUCUAGAAUUCUUUUGGGUGGAUUAUUUUGUUCUGUGUUUUGCUCUUUACCAGGACUGAAAUCCCUUUCCAACAAAUAUUGAUAUAUCUUGUGCCAUUUUUAAAGGAUGGCUAAUAAUAGUUUAGAAAUCCAUCUCAGUCUUAAAAAACUGGCAGAGCAGAAUCCCAGUCCAGCUUUUAUGAGUCCUCUAAGAAGCAUAUAAGAGAUGUGGGUGGCACUGUGGGUUAAACCACAGAGCCUAGGACUUGCCGAUCAGAAGGUCGGUGGUUCGAAUCCCUGCGACGGGGUGAGCUUCCGUUGCUCAGUCCCAGCUCCUGCCAACCUAGCAGUUCAAAAGCACGUCAAAGUGCAAGUAGAUAAAUAGGUACUGCUCCGGCGGGAAGGUAAAUGGCGCUGCUCUGGUUCGCCAGAAGCGGCUUAGUCAUGCUGGCCACAUGACCCGGAAGCUGUACACCGGCUCCCUCGGCCAAUAAAGCGAGAUGAGCGCCGCAACGCCAGAGUCGGUCACGACUGGACCUAAUGGUCAGGGGUCCCUUUACCUUUACCUUUAAGAAGCAUAUAGAGCAUACAGAACUCACUGCCACCCCCACUCUGUGCAGUAGCAAGAUUUCAGGGGGGUUCCGGGUGCCCACCCAGGGUUGGUGUUCCUUUGGAGAAUUGAAGACGCAGCAGAGACUGUCAUAGCUUUAAGAAACAUUAUUUAUUCACAUGAUUACACCUUCAGUCUGCAUGGAGGGAGUCCAGAUCUUACAGCAUGGUCAUUUCAAGAGGGACUUGUACAGCACUGGAGUCCAAGGCCUCUUUCCCAGCCGCAGUCUUCAGCCAUCCUGCCCAAGAUGGAUCACCCCCUUUGUUCUCUCCUUCUUCCCAACACACCUUGCUCUAAAGACUCUUUUCCUGUCAUCUCAAGCACACACCCCAUCAUCAUAGCAACCUCUGUCUGCCCAAGCCCAAUAUUCCUCUUAAUUGGGCCAUCAACACCUUUUGUCAGGGAAGCGGGUGGCACUGUGGUCUAAACCACUGAGCCUCUUGGGCUUGCCAAUCGGAAGGUCAGCAGUUCGAAUCCCCGCAGCGGAGUGAGCUCCCAUCGCUCUGUCCCAGCUCCUGCCAACCUAGUAAAUCCGAAAACCUGCCAGUGCAAGUAGAUAAAUAGGUACCACUGUGGUGGGAAGGUAAGCGGCAUUUCCUUCCGCUCUGGUUUCUGUCACAGUGUCCCGUUGCGCCAGAAGCAGUUUAGUCCUGCUGGCCACAUGACCCAGAAAGCUGUCUGUGGACAAACGCCGGCUCCCUCGGCCUGAAAGCGAGAAGAGCGCCACAACCCCAUAGUCACCUUUGACUGGACUUAACCGUCCAGUCAGAGACUGAGCACUGUGGUUCUCAGUCUCAGAGUAUUACGUAAGAAGAGCUCCAGUUUUAUCCCAGGAUUCCAUGAUACAUUUUCCAAACAACAGUGUCCCGUGUCUAUUCCAAACUUUAAAUCAUAGCUAAGUCCCUGUAGGAACAGGCAUUCAUUGUAGAAAUAGACAAUACCGGUAGGAAGUGGGUAUGGUUAUUUAUGUCGGUGGUUUUCAAAAUUUCUACCUCCAGAGAGUUCUGUCGAUGCAGGCAUGCCUGCCAAGAAACCCUGGCACGUUGCAGAGGAUUCUGGGUGUUCUUCCAGGGCAACCUCUCUCUUUGUAGAUCACUUCUGGCUAAGAGUGUUAGCUCUCCACAUCACCCUGCUGGGACUGAGGGUGCCCCAAGACACACCCAACCCUCUGUUGCUGAGCAUUGCAAGGAUAUAGUGGACAAACUGUCUCUCAGGGUUAUUUGUUUGCCAUUAUUUAUCUACUCUUGACAAUGCCCUGUUAUGCUUCCAAGGUAGCCCAGGACACCCCAGGAAAUUGCUUGAAAAUUACUAUUUUAUGCCAUAGUUUGAUCUUCCAGCUAUCCUUCUAUUUAAUACAGUCUGCCAACUGCAGAUCGCUCUCCCACUCUCCUUCCCCUGAUGGGGUUGUGGUUCUGACACCCUAUUUUUGCUCUGAGUUCUUUAGAUGCUGUUGCCUUGAGAGAGGUUCUUGCGACACCUUCUUUUGGGAGAGGGCUUAAAAUAAGUUUGCAAUUUCCUAUUAUUCUGUCUUUGCACAAAAAAAGGGGGGAAAUAACUUAAGAAAGUAAAGUAAACAGCCUUUUGUUACUUAACUGGCUGUUUAUGUUUCUAAGACGGUAUGAAAUACAAUACAACAUUUUCUUUAACGACAACAACAAAAAUAUCUUGGAUCUAAAUUGUUUCCUUUUGCAGGUCUCACCAUUGCGAAACGGAUUGAAAUUUCCGACCUUCCUCAGCUUGUUGCUGCAUUUCACAGUCUGGUGGGUUUGGCAGCAGUUCUGACGUGCAUUGCAGAGUACAUGAUCGAAUAUCCACACCUUGAUGUCCACCCUUCUGCUAAUGUUCUCAAAACAGUGGCCUAUUUGGGCACCUAUAUUGGGGGUGUAACAUUCAGUGGUUCUUUAGUGGCAUAUGGAAAACUACAAGGUACGCUCAAUUAUUUUUAUUUUUAUUCCCUGCGGUUUAGACACCCAAAGUUACGGCGUACAACCUUCUGCUAGGAUUUCCAAAGGCUUUUAGAGUUAGGAACUCUGUUCACGCUGAAUUUCCGUAAGGAUUGAUGCCAGCCAGAAAGAAAGAAAGAAAGAAAGAAAGAAAGAAAGAAAGAAAGAAAGAACCUUUGAAAAUUUUGUGGCUUGGUCCCAAGAUUUGCUGAACAAGUAAAUUUUUGCUUCGGACACAGCAAUUUAUUUGCAGAGUAGCUGUAGUGUCAUAAUAUUACAAUUUGGCAUUGUGUGAGUUAUGCAGUCACAACAAGGACCAGCAAAGAGUAGCAGACCAAGUGCUGCACUUAGACUCGAAAAGACCUGGGUUCAAAUCCCUGAUUUCCAGAAAUCUCCUUGACAAAAAGCAGGUUAGGGGACCCAACAAACACAUAUCCAGCAGGUUCUAUUAACACUCUGCUGAACAAACCUCAGUCUUAAAACUUAGGAUCACAGGACUGGAAAGGACAUCCAGACUAAAAACCCCAAAUUGCAAUAAAAUAUUAACAUGCCAAAACAUUAAGCCUCAAUACUGGUUUUUCCCUCCCUAGGUAUAUUAAACUCUGCUCCGCUUCUUCUCCCUGGUCGCCAUUACCUGAACGCUGGGCUGUUGGCAGCUUCAGUUGGCGGCAUGAUUCCUUUUAUGCUAAGCCCCAGCUAUACGACCGGCAUGGGCUGCCUCAUAGGAGUUUCAGGACUCUCCUCCAUCAUGGUAUGAACAGAAAUGGAAGCUUUGGGUUUGAAGGAGGGAAAAGGUGGGGCAAGUCAGGAACCAGAGGUGAGGGCAGAAUUGGGUCAAGAGGGAACCUGGUGCGUGUUAGAAUUCCUGUUCCAUGAUUGCAGUCAUGGGAUUUUUGUCCAUCACAUAAUGGUAUAAGUUUUGACUCCACAGAGUGGGAAGUGUCGGAGACAGGAUGUUUGUGUUACUGUGUUCCGUGAAGUGGAACUAUUGUCCUUUGUUCUUUUUCUCUUUGCUGUCUGAUGCUAGAGAGAGAGGGAGCCAUUUUGCAGUGCUCCAUGUGUGUUUAUAUGUAAAUAAAGUAGAUUAGCCAAAAUGCUGAGUUGCUGAGGUCUGUCACGCAUGAUGCGCAAACUCUGCGGAUCCCUAUGUGUGCCGGUGUCUGUUGGCAUCGGUCGUUGUGAUGUUCAGGUUGAAGAAAGAUUUUGAGGCUCCUGAAUGAACAACCAGGAGGGAGAGAACAUGCCAGUUGGACAUGUGUCUCUGCCAGGGUCCUACUCGAGUGUAGGCCGAACUCCUGACAGUGAGUUGGGGCAGAAUCUUCUAGAACAGAUUGGUAAUGGUAGGAGGAUGGAGUCAUGGACACUGGACUGUGAAACAGAUUUAUUAGGCAGUGAGGCUGGCACAAGUCUAGUGAGCUGAUACUGUGCAGUUCGAAAAAUGGGAGAGGGGGUCAGAUACAUUAGGCGUAUUAAUUAAGCACUUAAAGAUGAAGCAAUGUCAGGGACGGCAUGUACACAAAUUAUAAAAGGGUAAGAUGUGCUCAGUCUCCGUACUGAAAACAAACUGCCCAAAUUAUAUUUUAAAAGCCCUUCUUCUUUUUGACUCGAACCUCCUCCUCUUCACCUUCAUCUUCAGGCAGGUAACAUCCUUGUAAAGUAGCCAUUUUGUGUGUGCCUAUUACAGUUACUGUACGUGUUAAGUUGUGGGUGAACAUAUCAGACGACACAGCGAUUCUUCAAACAGCUCUUGUUUAUUCAGAGGCCAGAACUGAACUGAACUGAACUGAACUGAAGGGUUCAGUCAGCCUGCUUAUAUAGAGCUCCAGUACAAUGUAACUGUAACAAUUUUCUAAAGCUAUCCAAUCACUGAACAUCACUUUCGAUCCCUUAUUUGCAUAACUAUCUACAGUAUCCCCCUGCUGGCCCAGGGUGAAAACUUCAGUACAUAACAGUACAAAGACAGAUUAAUAAAUGAAUCAUUGCCGUAUAGGUAGAUAAGUACAGAUUCCUUUGAAGAAACCACUGGUACGGGAUGUAAGCAAGGAGCAAAGCAUGUUUUGUAUUCGUUCAUGUUCCUCCAUCUCCUUUCUAUAGUGUGGGUUGUCAAAGAGAGGAAUUUGUUUAGCUGGAAAAUCUGCUUUUAAAAGCAACCCUCUUGUCAUGCUCCUUGGCGAGUCAGACAAUGGGGUUGGUAGUAGGUUGUUUUUUUUCUUUGUUUUUAAGUAAGGCCAGCACUGAAAUAUACUGGGUUUUUAGACCCCAGUACGUAUUAACUUGCCAGAAUGUGGUUUAGCUGGUUAGCAGAGUGUAAUCAUGGAACGUCAGCUACCCUUGGCAUGCAAAUAUAUUCCAGACAAAAAGGCUGGGUAUAAAUUUAGUAAACAAAUAAAUAGCAGUGACAUAGUCUGCACUGUUGAUCACAAACAAGAUAAUUUAGGGUAUAUAAUUGCUCCUGGACCAUGGGGUGGGAUGGAGAAGCAACUAUUUUGAUGUUGCUGUCGUUCAGCCCAAUAAAUCAUAUUGUUUUCCCUAUUGCGUGUGUAAGAAAUAUAAAAUAAGUCAGACUGGUUUUUUUAGUGUGGUGGUUGGGCCGCCAGCAAAGGCUGUGCUGUGCUGCCUAUUUUGAAUUUCAAGCAAGGUAGCACAAACUUCUCCCACGAAUAUCCAGCGUCUGCUGAGCAAUACAAGAUGCAGCUGCGGCUGGAAGGGGCUGGCAAUGUUCCGAGGACUCCGCAGAGCCCUCUUCAAAAUAGUUGUGCGGCUCUAUAGAAAUUCCAUGAAAAAAUCCAGUGCAACCCCUUCAGGAUCCCACAAACCACAUCUGCAGGGUUCCAAAAACUUCUUAGCUGCGGGCUUUAUGGUGAAAUAAGCUACUGGUUUAAUCAGUCAGAUGUUAUUGUAAUCCUAGAUUGGAGAGAGAAAGAGAGAGAUAACAGUAUGAGCCAAGAACGGGCUUGAUGUAGGGUUCCCAAAUGUCUGUUUGACGUAACCAAGAUCUUUGGGUAGAUGCUUGCAAUUUUCUUUUUUUUGGGGGGGGGGUUAAUAAUUAAUGCCCUUCUUUUGCACCAUUCAGACUACUGUGGCUGUAGUACACUAGGAAAUAUAGGGAGCAUUGUAGUAACACUGUCAUGUGAAGGAGUCAAUAGGUUUUUGGGAAGGACAGUAAGAUGGGCAGAUCAGAAGAGUCCUUAUUGGCACUUCUAGAUAUUUAAUUGAACUGUCCUCCAUUCCAAUUGCCAAUGCAAGGCAUAUAUGGCUUUUGCCAUAGAAAUGGAACAAAGCACCUGUAGAGUGGACUGUCCAGAGUCAACCUUUACUUUAAUUACUUAAAGUACUUCUUCUUCUUCUUCUUCUUCUUUGAUCACUCGUAGCCGAGUAAGAUUGUCUUCCAUAAACAUGGUCUUAACAGUGAGUCUGUAAGUGACUGUGGAGGCCAGUUCUGGAUCCACACGUCCUUCCACAGUGGGGACAUAGGUUUCCAGGCAGGAGUUUGCCAAGCGUGCCUUCCUCUUAGCACAUUCCCCCCUUUUGCCCAAAUUUUGGGCAUCUUCAAAGCCCAUUGAAGACAUAGGUUUCUGGGUGGGAGUUGAUCACUGUGUGGAUUUGCCAAGCGUGCCUUCCUCUUAUAGCACGUUUCUCCCUUGCGUUCUGAGUUCAAGUGUCUUCAAAGCGCAUGACACCUUUGGUAAAGGCUGUUCACCAACUGGAGCGCUCACAUGCCAGUGUUUCCCAAUUGUUGGUGUUUAUACUACAGUUUUUUAGAUUUGGCUUGAGAGAGUCUUUCAACCUCUUUUGUUUAAUGCUUUCCAUUUUUAAGUUCGGAAUAGAAUAGUUGCUUUGGAAGAUGAUAAUCAGGCAUCCACACAACCUGAUCAGUCCAACAAAGUUGAUGUUGAAGAAUCAUUGCUUUAACACUGGUGAUCUUUGCUUCUUCCAGUACACUGGCAUUAAUUUUACUUAAAGUGCUGGCCAUGUAUGACCGCAGUCUUUGUUUAAUCUCUAUGCCUCACACAUACUGCUGAUUAAACUCCCAUUUCUUUCCUCCCCACUCCUUUUCUUUCUAAUGUGGACCUUAUACACCCUUGCUGUUACUUAAACCUGACCUACGUUGGGUUCACCUUCCCUUUUUGGCACGUGAAAAUGGCAGGGAGUAACCCUGACGGCAGCUAUUGGUGGAGCGGAUAUGCCUGUGGUGAUCACUGUACUCAACAGCUACUCUGGCUGGGCCUUGUGCGCAGAGGGGUUUCUUCUGGACAACAACCUGAUGACCAUUGUUGGAGCCUUGAUUGGUUCUUCCGGAGCUAUCCUGUCUUACAUCAUGUGUGUGGUAAGUAGGGGGAGGGGAGAAAUUUGAAUCAGUUCUCCUUUGAAGGUGAACGUGUCUAGUUUGCGCUUUCCAACCAGAGAACUGAAGGACAGCCAACCUGUGAAACUCACACUUCUCCAAAUUUUGCCACGCAGUUCUCCAGCCAAGUACAAAAAUGCAUAUCUACUAGGGUGAAAUGUGCAUAAGAAUGCACAUCAUGAUAAUAUAUAUAUAUAUAUAUAUAUAUAUGCAUUACAGUAGAGGAAUUUGCUUUGUGAAAUUUUGUAUAUUGGGCAAAACUGCAUACAGAUGUGUAUAUUAGGAGAAAUCUGCAGUAGAAUGCCAGUGAAUUUUCAUGAACUUUAAAAAAAAAAUGUGAGAAUUUGUUUUCCUUAAAAAAAAAUGCAAACUGAUUUGGGAAUGCAGAGAACUGAACUUAAGAUUGGAAAGGCGAAAAACUGAGAGAAACCAAAAUAUACAAGAUUCACUGAUCCCCAGUAUAAGAUGAGUAUAGGCACCCCGUGGUUGGUGUGUUUUCAUUUUUCAUUUAGCAAGGCAAUAAUUUCAUGACUACCCCAACUUUAUCUAGCAGCUGGAGCAACCCAGCCAGAUAGGCAGGGUAUAAAUAAUAAAAUUAUCAUCACCGCCAUCAUCUUUAAGUCACUAGGUGUCAGCUGCUACAUCAUCAAUGUCCUUGUGAGGAAAGAGUACUGGAGAUAUAUGCUGGGUUUGUUUGCUGUUUUGUCAUUUUAAAAAAUCAUUUACAAAUAUGCAUGUUGAGGAGGGAAAACAGGCCAACCUCUCUCCCUGUUAUAUACACACACAACCUGACAGGACACUUGUCUCAGCCUCCACAUUGGACGAUGUAUCUAGCCUUGCUCUACAAUGUCAAUCAGUCAUCAGUACCCAUUAAUGGAAAAAGGGGGACCUGUGGCCCUCUGAAUGUUUCUGUAUUACAACUCUCCUCAUCCCUCACAAUUGGCCAUGCUGGCUGAGCUUGAUGGGAAUUGGAGUCCAACAACACAGACCUCUCACCGCUACAUUAUAGGAACAGGCUUAGGCACUGCUUUUUUUCUAAAAAAUGUUUAGGGGAACUCUCAUUUUCCUAUCCAUAUUGAAAUACUGCCCCCCAAUGAGGCCAAACUUAGAUUCACAAAAUGUUUAGGGGUAUGCAUACCCCUGCAUUCGCCCCUCCCCGAAAAAAAUGCACUGGGUUUAGGUAUUAACAAAACAGGCUGUGUGCAGUUAUAGUGUGUAACAGUGGUUUGCUUUCCUUAUCUAUGAGUAAGCAUUAUGACGAAAUACCUAACCAUAGUUGAUCACAAACCAGGAUAUGAAACCAUGAGUUUGAAAGCAAUGGGUUGUAGCCAACAAAAUUCUACUCAAGAAUAGACCCAUUAAAAUUAAUAGACCUCAGUUAGUCCUGUCCAUACUCUGAGUAUGACUAAUGUGGAUACAAUCUCGUGGCUUUAAUUAACCAUGUUUAAGCAUUCAGUAAAGCAAUGGUUAAUGUAGUUUUACUGCCUCUCCAUUCACCCCAGGUGGCAAGCAGAUAUCCCAAGUGGUUUUGGUUAGACCUGACAUUUGCUAAUAUAUGUCUAAUGGUUUGUCCAGGCCAUGAACCGAUCUUUGCCAAAUGUCAUUUUGGGUGGAUACGGUACAACAUCCACGGCUGGAGGAAAGCCCAUGGAAAUAGUUGGAACACACACCGAAGUUGGAAUCGAUCAAACUGUUGACAUGAUCAAGGAAGCUAAUUCGAUCAUCAUUACACCUGGUAAGAGUUCAACAAUGCUUUAUUAAAUUGUUUAGUAGUUAUGCACAUGGGCUAUGAAAAUGUUAUUGCUGAGGUUCUUGUUCUGCUGUUAUCUGUGCAGUUCCCAAAUAUCCAUAUUUAUUUUCCCAAUUAACAAAUAACUUUUCACUAUAUGGAAUGCAAAGGUAAACAAUCUCUAAUUACCUACUUGUUAAAGCAAAUGCUGUUAGUCACCUCAGUCUCUGCUGACAUCUGUGCCUCAGCUGAGAUGAUUAGAAGAUCAUAUGAGGUGAGGUUGGUUGGGCCACUUAGUGGUCAAGGCUGAGAACUGAACUUCAGUUGUGUGCUGAGACAAACAAACAAGUUGACCUGGAAUGAGUCUGUACCUCAGAAAAGUGCGUAAUGUCACUGACCAGAAAUGUCCUUUUCUAAAACAGUGGGAAGGAGACUUGGAGACAUUUCUGAAACUGAAAGCUGAUUCAGGAUGUAAGAAGGCUUCAUUUUCCUUUCUACCCUUUGUUCAUUGCAUGCAGCACUGCUUUCCAUUCCACCGGAGUUCAUCUUCUGCUAAAACUGCAUUACUUGUCUUGCUGUCUGCUCCGGCAAAAUGAUUUAACUUAUGUAAUUUACGUAAGAAAUUACGUUGUCAUUAUAUUAUUCCACUGUAUUCGUUCCACUGCAAACAAAAAAUAAUGCAAUUUGGGGGACAUGGAUGCAAUCGAUUAUGUAUCGUUUGCAGACUAAUAACGACAACAUCAUAUAUCGAUGUUAUUAGCUGGAUUGAUUUCUGUUCCAGAGAGGGGACAAAUAAGCCAACAUUGGCAAUUUCUGCUCCCGUUUCUGUUUUUUGUCAGAAUUCUCUGGCAUCCCUAGAGCUAACUGACAGUUCUACCAGAUUCUAGAUGGCGAAGGUUCAGACUGGGGUGGAGGAAGGGGUGUGCGGUGGGUGCAGGCCGCCCCAGGUGUCACCACUGAGGGGGGUGACAAAAUGCCGGGCAGCACUCACCACGGGGCCUGCAGCGUGCCUGAGCCGCACGUCUCUCAGUGGCUUGGGCACGCACAGGCUCCACACUGCCCAAACGGUCUGCCUGCUGCCUUCCCCCCAGCUGUAGGGAGACUGGGAGAAGGCAGGCAGAUUCUGGAGGCCCUGCCCCAUCCCGCCCAUAUGGGUGGCUUGCCCCACUACUGGGUGCACCACACCAGGUGCCCGAGUGGCUUCCUCCACCACUGGGUUCAGAAGCAAACCAGAGUUGAGCUUCUCUUCUUUCUCCAGCUUAGCAAAAAAAAAGCCAAACAGGAAUAAAGGCCCUGCUUUACCAAGUCCUUAGGAGGGUAGUCUCUCAGGAGCUCAAGUUCAGGAGCUUCAAGAGGAGAAUGGGUUUUUCUAUUUUGUCUUCAAGAAGAAGCCACCUGUCCUCCUGUCGUUCCCAUAUACCAUGGCCCCCUGAGCAAGACAGAGUGGGUGAGGAAAAAUCAGGAUGGUGCCAAAGUCAUCUUGCACUCUUCUGAUGCCAGCUUCUUUUCUGUGUGGCAGAGCUUGAAGGGCAUAAAUGACACCUGGAGUUGCUUCAUUUGGUGACUUGAACAUGCAUUCUGUCUGGAAUAGACUAAUAGCUCUUCUGUGGCGCUUCUUCUUCAUUAUUACAGGGCUGGGAAGCAUAAUGACUCCAGGGGGUUUGAUGCUAUCCUGAUUUUUUUGUCCAUUUCCAAGCUACAUUAUUUGACCAUGAGACACUGUACCACAUGGUCUUUGAAUUCUCCAGAAAAGCAUUCCUCCUCUUAUUUUUAUAGGAAACCAAAAAAAUAUGUCCUACUGGAUGAGUCUGAGUUCAUAGCAAAAAAGAAACAAACCAAAAAGAAGAUGCAAGUCACUGAUCUCAUUGACAGGGAAAAUUCCCCUGCUAGGGGCAUUGAGUUGUUUGCAGGAGCAUUCAAUUAAACCAGCUGGUGGUCUUGGCAGGACAACUUCAGCUUGGAUGCUUGAGCCAGGCCUAUCUCUUCUUGGGCUCUGAUAGUUCAAACCUCUUGCAGGAACAGAAAAUGAACAUGUCGAAGUCCAUUAUUCCCCAUCUAAACAUACUGCUUUUGAGGGAGGUGGGAUGAGAGAGAAUGAAUUUAAUACUUCAGAGAUGUUUUUUCAGUCAUGCUUUAAAAUAGGGUUACCAGACGUCCUCGUUUCCCGGGGACAGUCCCUGGAUUUGCAAAUAAGUCCCCAGGCAAAUUCCAUCCCCGGAAUGUCCCUGGAUUUCAUCUAAUGUCCCUGGGAAACGCAUCAGCGGCAGUCUCUCAGCACCCCGGAGCAGUUGGUAUUGGCUGGCUUCAGGAGCUGCUUGGAAGUCCCCGUAUGGUGGUGGUGCAGGGGCUCUAAGAUGCAGCUUCCGGGCUGCCUCCACCUUCCCUGACCCCAGCAACUAAGCUGUGAAGGGAGGCUUCAUGCUGCCUAUCAGAGCUUGCGUGCAAGCAGGAGGGGACAGGGAUCUCUCACUUAGGCAAUGGGAAGCCUCGCUUCCCAGCUGAGGGAUCCCUGUCCCCUCCUGCUUGCACGCAAGUAGGAAUGGGAUUGGGGCUGUUCCGAUGGGAAGGGAGGCAUCACACUGCCUGAGAGAUCCCUGCCCCUCCUGCUUACACGCAAGUAGGAGUUGGGAUGGGGCUGCUCUGAAAGGCAGUGUGAAGCCUCCAUUCCCAGCUGAGGGAUCCCUGUCCCCUCCUGUUUGCACGCAAGUAGGAAUGGGAUUGGGGCUGCUCUGAUGGGAAGGGAGGCAUCGCGCUGCCCGAGCCUCGCCGCCGUCGCUGCCGCUCUUGGCCCUCCUUCUCCGCCUUCCAUGUCUGACCCAACACGCACCACUUCCCCACCACCACCACCAAAGAACCAACAACUCAGGGGCUGCCCAGGCUCAUGGAGAAAGGAGAUAGAAGCCUCGAAGGAAGGGGAAACGUGGUGGUUGAGGUCAAGGCGGCGGCCGCCCCUCUGCCACCACCAUCGCUGCAGCAUCAACAUCCCAAACUUGUAGUAUUUUAUUGGUUGGUUGGUUGGUUGGUUGGUUGGUUGGUUGGUUGUACCCCCGGAUUCAUUGAAAAAAAUCUGGUAACCUUACUUUAAAAUAUAUAUUUUACAUGCUUGGAGUGCUCAGAUAUUUCCUCCUGGUCAUAAUACCAAAAUUCCUCUCCCUCAAGAGAUGGGAGAAUUUUGUGCAAUGAAAGUUUGUAGGGGGAAAUUUCAUCUGGAACUAAAGACUGAGUUCUGAAUUCAACACUGCAGAGUGUUUGGAGGGCUGGGAAUCCUCUGGUUGUUUCCUAGUAGGGUUUUAGCAGUGGGUUGUAUUGGUUUUCUUUAUGCUACCCCCAACUCCAUUUGCUCCUAAAUGUCUGUCUUAAUUUUCAUACCGUUGGGUUGAUGUUCUACGAUUGUUAUAUACUCUGGUAAGACUUUUUGCUUAUUUGUGGGCCACUGUGGACCCUUGGUAUAUAUUUGCAGCCAGAUAAAAGGGCCCCAGAAUCUUUGUUUAAAUCUAGGGCUGGCGAUGGUGGUCAGAGUAGCUGGGGGCCUGGAAACUCCUAGCACUGUUGCUGCCGCUGCUGGCUCUCACAGCUGUCUUCUCUGAGCAUGCAAACAGCGACCAGAAUAACUAAAGAUGGAGCGGCAUUUUCCCAUUUCCCCCCAAAAGGGGGACCCAGACUUGGCCCCGUGUCAGUGGGGGUGGGCCCAGCUUUUGCCCAAGGAUAAUAAUUUAUUAUUUAUACCCCACCCAUCUGGCUGGGUUUCCCCAGCCACUCUGGGAGGCUUCCAACAGAAUAUUAAAAUACAAUAGUCUAUUAAACAUUAAAAGCUUCCCUAAACAGGGCUGCCUUCAGAUGUCUUCUAAAAGUCUGGUACAGUGGUGCCUCGCAAGACGAAAAUAAUCCGUUCCGCGAGUCUCUUCGUCUAGCGGUUUUUUCGUCUUGCGAAGCAAGCCCAUAGGGAAAUUCGUCUUGCGAAGCGCAUCGAAAAACGGAAAACCCUUUCGUCUAGCGGGUUGCGAGGCAUUCGUCUUGCGGGGCACCACUGUAUUUGUUGUUCUCUUUGACAUCUGGUGGGAGGGCGUUCCACAGGGCGGGUGCCACUACCGAGAAGGCCGUCUGCCUGGUUCCCUGUAACUUGGCUUCUCGCAGCGAGGGAACCGCCAGAAGGCCCUCGGAGCUGGACCUCAGUGCCCGGGCAAAACGAUGGAGGUGGAGACGCUCCUUCAGGAUGGCAUGUUCUGGUGCUUGGCUUGCCAGGUGACGAGGGAACACACUGAACUAUAUUGCCUAGAGUGUUCUAAACCGAAAGCUUUCCACUACUUAUUGGGACAGUGCGCAGUUCAAUUUACUGCCCCUGAGUAUGACACAGACUGUGCAAGACAUGCCAGCUACUCUCUUUGACAGAAUAGCAUAAAGAAAAAAAAAGGGGGGGGGGACACCAUUUUUUUGUCCCAUGAGUUUUUAAAGUUGCACCACACGAAAAGACAACAAAUGAAGAGGCGCUAUUGGAGAGAUGAGUGUUAAAGGGAUAAAUGCGAACAUGCACUUUGAGAUGUGCUGCAUACACAUACCAUACAUUUAAAGCACAUCUAUUUCCCCCAAAGAAUCCUGGGAACUGUAGUUUAUUAAGGGUGCUAGGAACUACAGCUCUGUGGGAGGCUAAACUACAGUUCCCAGGAUUCUUUGUGGGGAAGCCAUACGCUUUGAAUGUCGGUGUGUAUGCAGCCUUAGAUUUGGUUGGAAAUUCAGACCUGGGAGAUAUUAAGCAAGUGCUUAAGCUCUGAUUUCUUUUCUCUCGUCAUUAUAGGUUGGGGCCUUUGUGCAGCGAAAGCUCAGUAUCCUAUUGCUGACAUGGUAAAGAUGCUUAAUGAACAAGGGAAGAAAGUCAGGCAAGUGUGAUCAAUAUGCUGGUAUAAACAGUUUAUAUUACUAAUAAGAAAAUUAGCUUUAGUCCCCGGAGAUCUGGUGUGAUCUACAACCAUUAACUCUACAGUAACAGCUUUGAUGGCGCUCUUAUGGAGUGAGAUAAUUCUUUAAAAAGAUGACCUUGCUAUGUGGAGGCAUAUCAUAAGACCUGUUUGUAUCUACCCUUCAUCCAUGAGAAAUGGUUGGCCACUUCUUUUCCUUCUGUCUUCAUUCCCCUCCUUUCAUCUCGCUCCUCAAUUAGUGGGUCCUGCUAACGAGAAACAUCAUAAAACUCGAACUCAUAGCUAACAGCAGUGGUUGCUUUUUUGUGAUAGGGAAUGAGUUGCUUGUACAGUGGUACCUCGGUUUAAGAACAGUCCUGUUUAUGAACUAUUCUGUUUACAAACUACGCAAAACUGGAAGUAGUGUUCCAGUUUGCGAACUUUACCUCGGUCUAAAACGGAAACCGAGUGGUGGAAGGGCACCGGCAGCGGGAGGCUUCACUGGGGAAAGCGCACCUCGGUUUAAGAACGGAUUCGGUUUAAGAACAGACUUCAGGAACGGAUUAAGUUCGUAAACCGAAGUACCACUGUACUCAUGUUGUGGGUGCCAGCACAAAAUGGCUGCCCAUGGCAUCAAAAAAAAAAAGGGGGGGACUGUACUCUGUGAGUACCAUCCAUCACUGGUUAACAGAACAAAACAAACUGCUUUGCUGGUUCAAAAGGUUAUAAAGAGUCAGUACAGUGUAUGUGGAGAGCUAUUUUAUGAUGAGCUACAUCUACUGAAAGCCCUGUCUUCUUUUGCACUGCGCCACUCUGGUCAUGCAGCCAUGAAUGGCACGGAGCAUCUACACAUUAAAAAUAGUGGCAACUUUUGCACAUUUUCUCCUCUGCACCCUAUUGUGCUCUGCCACCACAACAAAUAGCAACAUGCUCCUUGUUAUUUAUUUAUUUAUUUAUUUAUUUAUUUAUUAAUCACCUUUAUAGACUGCCUUUCUGCCAAGGCAUUUUAUGCUUCCUAGGCUGCCGGAAGUCUACAUUUCCCUCCAUCUCAGAACACUGCCGUUCCUCCAUUAGGAAUACAGGAAGCUGACUUAAACAGAGUCAGACCAAGUUUCAUGAUUGUUAUCACAUCUAGUUUGGCUGUUUGAGUUCUGGACAUGGAUGAGGGACAUGUGGAUAUGGAACCCUGCUUAGGUAUGAAUCUUACUAGGAGUAAUUGAGCCAAUAAUAAUAAUAAUAAUAAUAAUAAUAAUAAUGUAUUAUUUAUACCCCUAUCACCUGGCUGGGUUUCUCCAGCCACACUGGAUGGCUCCCAACAGAAUAUUAAAAACACGAUAAAACAUAAAACAUUAAAAACUUUCCUAAACAGGGUUGCCUUCAGAUGUCUUCUAAAAGUCAGAUAGUUGUUUAUUUCCUUGACAUCUGAUGGGGAGGGCGUUCCACAGGGCGGGCGCCACUACUGAGAAGGCCCUCUGCCUGGUUCCCUGUAACCUCACUUCUUGCAGUGAGGGAACCGCCAGAAGGCCCUCGGAGCUGGACCUCAGUAUACGGGCUGAACGAUGGGGGUGGAGAUGCUCCUUCAGGUAUACUGGGCCGAGGCCGUUGAGGGCUUUAAAGGUCAGCACCAACACUUUGAAUUGUGCUUGGAAACAUACUGGGAGCCAAUGUAAGUCUUUCAGACCGGUGUUAUAUGGUCCCGGUGGCCACUCCCAGUCACCAGUCUAGCUGCCGCAUUCUGGAUUAGCUGUAGUUUCUGGGUCACCUUCAAAGGUAGCCCCAUGUAGAGAGCAUUGCAGUAGUCCAAGUGGGAGAUAACCAGAGCAUGCACCACUCUGGCGAGACAGUUUGCGGGCAGGAAGGGUCUCAGCCUGCGUACCAGAUGGAGCUGGCAGACAGCUGUCCUGGACACAGAAUUGACCUGUGCCUCCAUGGACAGCUGUGAGUCCAAAAUGACUCCCAGGCUGUGCACCUGGUCCUUCAGGGGCACAGUUGCCCCAUUCAGAACCAGGGACCAAUUAUACUCUCUUGGCCUAGCGUACCUCACAGAUAUUAGCAGAGUGACUGAAAAGGAUCAGACCAGAGUCCACAGAGAAAAGAAACUGAUGCUAAUUUACUCAAUGUGAGCUGAAUAAAAGCAGCACAUAAUAUGAGGAUAAAUAAACAGAACUUUUUUCUUUCAUAGGGUACAUAGGGUAAAAACUGAUUAAGAAGUACUUUUCCCUCCUACACUUGCAAUUGUGAAAACUCAGCUGACACUUUCGUACUGACACUUAACUCCCAACUAACUACAGCCUCCAGCCAGUUGGAGUUUGCUGUCAUUCAGACCAAUAACAGACCUAACCCCUUAAGACUCUCGCUGAAUAGUCCCUGCUAUUGCACUUCUCACAAUAGGUUCCGACCAUCUGUUUCAAGCUGAGAACGAUGCUGACCCAUUGAAAUUGCCUUUCACGAAUGCUGGCUGCCUUUGCUACCUAUCACUCUCUCCUUAGUGGUUCAAUCAGGAGGUAGGCAAGCCUGGAGCUGGCCUGCCGCCGCCUGCAUAGCAUUGCUAACAUUUAUCAGUUUCUUUUUAUUAGUUCAGCAUGUCUUGGACGCAAUGUGGCCAUUCCUUUUCUCUCUUUGGUUCCAGGUUUGGCAUCCAUCCGGUGGCAGGCCGUAUGCCAGGGCAGCUGAACGUUCUGUUGGCAGAAGCCGGUGUCCCUUAUGACGUUGUGCUGGAAAUGGACGAGAUAAAUGAAGAUUUCCCAGGUAAAGAAUGAGGGUGGAGAGAGGAGAGAGAAAUAAAUAAAUAACAGUUUAUCUUUUAUUUAAACCAUGCUGAGAAAGUUAGUUGUAUUGUGUGCUUUUGCAAUUAGGCCAAAGAAUAAUCAUGCUGUCUCAAGUGCUAUUUUCCCUUGUCUCCUAUCCUCCUCUGACUUCUCCCAUAGAAGCUCUCCAGGUAUCAACUUUAGCUGAGCCCCAUAGCAAUCUUUUUUUUUUUAAAAAAAUAAUAUUUAUUAUUUUCUAUACAUAAACAUAACAGAAGAAAAAGCCAACAAUAAUAAAGAAAAAAGAAUUAAAUGAAAAAAAAGGAAAAGAAAAAAGAACAUAAAAUACAUCAAAUCACCACAUAAACUGAAACUUAAUUAAUUACUCAAAAUCCAUCUUCAUAAACAUAUUAUUUGACUUCCUCAAAUCUCUUCCAUCUGAGUUUCUUAGUAAUUAUAUAUAGCAGUUUCCAAUAUAAUUAUUUCAUAAAACAAUAUCACAGUCAUAAUCAUAUUUCCUAACUUUUCUUAUCGUACAUUUUCUUAUUUGUUUAUUUAAUCCCAAUUUAAUCCUAGGCCUAAUUGAUUCUUUCAAGUGAUUACAUAUCUUUAAUAUUACAAUAUUUAUUCAAAUAGUCUUUAAAUUUCUUCCAGUCUUCUUGGUAUUCCUCUUCUUUCUGGUCGUGGAUUCUCCCGGUGAGAUCAGCCAGCUCCAUAAACUCCAUCAUCUUCAUCUGUCAUUCUUCUACCGUUGGUAGUUCUUGUGUUUUCCAAUUUUUGGCUAGUAAAAUCCGUGCAGCAGUUGUGGCAUACAAAAAUACUUUAACAUCUUUUUUGGGCAGUUCAGAACCUGUUAUUCCAAGGAGAAAGGCCUCUGGUUUCUUCAUAAAAGUAUAUUUCAUCAUUUUUUUUAAUUCAUUAUAAUUUUUUCCCCAGAAGUCUUUAACCUUGGAGCAAGUCCACCACAUAUGAUAGAAAGUACCUUCUUUUUCUUUACAUUUCCAACAUAAAUUAUCACAAUUGUGGUAGAUCUUCGCCAAUUUAACAGGGGUUAAGUACCAUCUAUACAUCAUUUUCAUAACAUGAGCCCCAUAGCAAUCUGCACCAGCUACACACCUGAAGCCUACACCCUAGGUGUACUACUAUUUGUUCAAACCUCUCUCAGUGGCUUUGGGCCAUCAUAUUGCGAGCAUCAGAUUUUCAGAGGGCUAUUCUGGAAAGCGGUUCUGCUUGUGUUGCAUACUUUCUCAGCUGACUUCAGAGGUGGUCUGCUUCCCCAGACUUUCUCUUCUAGAAUGAGCUGAGAGAUGCAAGAGCCUUUUGAUGUUUCAUUGGGGAGGUCAAGUUUUAUAGCGUGAUGCUGCUGGACAAGAAUUAAAUGAUCGAGCUAACAAUGCAUCUAUGAAUCAGCAGCUUACAGCUGUCAAGCUGGUGCUCCAGCAAGUCUCCUGCGUAAAAUCUCUUUAAGCAAUGAAAGAAGCAGAACACUUGUGGGAAUCAGAAGGCAGCCAAAAAGAGAAUGGAAAAAGGAAUUUCAAAAAGGAGCUCGGAAGUAAUCUCAAGCCUCCCUCUUAAAAAUCUGUGCUUUGAAAUGAAAGUGUCCCCCCACCAAAAUCCAGAUGCUCAUAAAUUAUAAUUUAAAUUAUAUAAAUUAAUCUUACCCUUCCUAUUUCAUUAAAAAGGCUGCUACUUUCAUAUUGCAAAACUGAUCUAGGUAAACCAUCUGGGCCACGGGCAUCAUAUGAAAAGUAAGCUUUUGAAUCGAGUUGUGAAUAUUGAAUCUCACACUUCUUAACACCGUUGUUGGGUUCAGCUAAUUGAGAAGAUUGCCUGUUUCUUCUUUGGAAGAGGGCAUGACAUUAAGUCAUGACUAUUCCUUUAUAAUAAUUUUCAGCUGUCAAUCAGAAUUCACUGUUAGUCCUUCAGUGAAGGGACUUAACCCUGUGAAAUUGGCUAGGCCAGUGCGGUAGAGACUACUAUCCCUCCUGCAUCAUAAAGGUAAAGGGACCCCUGGAUGGUUUAAUGUAUGACCCAGGCACUCAGCAGAAGGGACAAAUUGUGUCAAUUUCUUCCUCUUUGUCUGAGGAAGAGAAAUAACAAACAUAAGACUCAUGUGCGGUUGAGCAUCAGCAUGGAGUGCCUAAGUCUUCUGUUACAGCUGAUGACACACAGCUCUACCUCUCCUUUACAUCUGCAGGUGUUCUAGAUUCAGGUAGGUAGCCGUGUUGGUCUAACGCAGUCGAAAUAAAUAAAUAAAUAAAUAAAUAAAUAAAUAAAUGUAUGUCCAGCAGCACCUUAGAGACCAACUAAGUUUCUUCUGGGUAUAAGCUUUCGUGUGCAUGCACACUUUUUAUACCCAGAACAAACUUAGUUGGUCUCUAAGGUGCCACUGGACAAUGUUUUUAUUUAUUUCAUCUGCAGGUGUGGCAGGUGUGGCAGUGGAAGUGUUGGACCAUUGUCUUGCCUCAGUAAUGGACUGGAUAAGAGGCAAUAAACUGAAGCUCAAUCCAGAUAAAACUGAGGCAGUGUUAGUAGGUGGUACCCAGGACUGGUUGCAUGAAAGAUUUCCUGCUUUUGAUGGGGUUACACUCCCGCUGAAGGAGUGGAUAUGCAGAUUUGAGGUGCUUCUGUUGUUAUUGUUUGAGUCUCAGGUGGCCUCAUAGUGCACAUUUAGAUGUGGUGGCAUGUGCCCUAGUUGGCUUGAGGGAGUUUUCCUUCAGAUGUUUGGUUGAAUGUCUCCCUUCCUAUGUACAAGUCCUGAACUAAGAAAGACAAAACCUCUCUGUUCCUUUCUCAUUGUUUCUGUUCAAUUUCUUUAUCAGGUUUUCUUUUCUCUCUGGCCUCCAGAUUUAUAUGUUUAUAAGAUUUAUAUGCUUAGAUGUUUUAUCUGUCUCCGCAUCCCAAGGGAAUUAAGCAGUUGUCUGCCAGUGAGUUUGAAAGUCCUGACAAAAGACAGUAGCUUUUCAAGUUUCUGAAGUGCUGAUGAGUUUUCUUCUGCCUCUCAGACACAGAUCUGACUUUGGUAAUCGGUGCCAACGACACUGUGAACUCUGCAGCACAAGAAGAUCCAAAUUCAAUUAUAGCUGGUAUGCCUGUAUUGGAGGUCUGGAAAUCUAAGCAGGUAAGUAAUGGCAAGGGAUUGAUCCUUUUGUGAUAGCCUCCAACAGAAUUCCCUUUACAUCUCAACCCAUGAGAAUCGGGCACAGGUUCCUCAUUCUUGAUGGAUCCUUGGCCUGUUCUGACAGGGCUAGUCCUACGUCGUAAAGAACAUGCCUUUAAUAAAGGAAGAGGAUUCAUAAGACUGUAUUAUGGCAUGUGUACUUAAUUGGCUCUUCUGUCUACUUCACUUAGUUACGGGUACUUAUGCCCAGUUAAAAAUGGAAAGGUUUCCACUACAGUUUAGGGUUGCCAUAUUUCAAAGAGUAAAAACCAGGACACCCUGAAAGUUGUUGAUCUUUUUUAAGGAAAACCUCAAAAACACGAUUUUUCAAUUGAUUUGGUUCCCCCCAGACAUCAAUUCCGCCUUUGGAAUUGUAUAGACGUUUGGCAGCCCUACCAAAGUUAUCUUCCUUAACAUUUCCAUGUCUAAAGCUUUAAGGCACUUCAAUUCACAGUUGUAUGUGGUAAUAUUCCAAGGUCUCUUUAAGUGCUUGAAUACUCACUUUUAUGGAGUUGGGCCAUGUUGAAUUGAUGAUUUCAACCACAUAAUAAUUAAACAAUCCAUGGCCUUUUAAAUUGGGGCGGUGGUAUGGUUUUUGUUUAUUAUGGUAUGUAUUUUUGUGUUUUUGUAUUGUGAACAAUCCUGUGAUCUUUGGAUGAAGGGCGGUAUAGAAAUUUAAGAAAUAAUGAUGAUAAUAUGGUUUCAGAGUAGGUACACUAUGAUUGCUUGAGUAUCUCUCUAUUCAUGCCGCCAUUUUGUUUCUCCACCAGGUCAUUGUCAUGAAGCGCACCCUGGGAGUUGGGUAUGCUGCAGUUGACAACCCCAUUUUUUACAAGCCCAAUACCUCAAUGCUGCUUGGUGAUGCCAAGAAAACCUGCGAUGCUUUACAAGCCAAAAUUAGGGAAUCUAUUUCUACCCAUUAG